GGAUUUUGGUGACUACUCUGACACAUACUACUCAGUCCAGACAACAGAAGGAGAGCAAAUCUCACAGCUUAUUGCAGGCUACAUUGAUAUUAUCCUCAGAAAGGUAAGGCAAUGAACGAUACUGUGUAAAUAGCCAUUGCAUCGCUCCAAGGCUAUGGUGCUGAAUAAUUAUUUUACAACUAAAACCCCCCUUACACUGUUUUUAAACAACAGAAGGGUUAAAAGUUAUAAUAAUACAGGUAGUGGUCAACUUACGAUCUAUGCAACUUACGACCAUUCGACUUAACGCCCACAAUCGCUAGCCAUAUUAGAUUUCAGAUUUAUUUUUAUUUUUGUUUAUAUAUUUUGAUGUUAAUGAGAAUUUGAUGUGUUUUGCGAUGGGGAAAAUGUUUCCUAUAGUAUUUUCCACACAUACAAAAUACGUUUUGCAAAUAUUAAACCAGCUGUACAUGUAAAGUUAAUGCAGUGUUUUUCUUAAACCUGACGAUGUAAAAAUAAGAAACAAAAUGGUGUAGAGAUUAUACAAAUGGCAUAAAAUAAACAUUGAAAGUUAUGAUUUAUAACAAUAAAAAAGAAAUUUAUGUUAUAAUUUAACUUAAGUAUUUUUAUAACAUCACUUCACAUUACUGUACACAUAGCGUACUCAAUGUACGACCACGUCGUGUUACGACCGGUCUGUCGGAACCGAUCAUGGUCGUUAGUCGAGCACUAUCUGUACAUACACAUUUUGAAAAAGAAAAAUUAUUUUGUAUUCACUAAUGUUUGUUAAUAUAUAUUUUAAAAAAAAAUCUCAGAUAUUUUAUCUAACUAGGUUGUGUUGUACCUACAGUAGUCUUUGCAUCACCCCUCUAGGGUGCAAACUUGAAUUCCAACAUUAGCAAGAGGAAACCUCAAGUGCCAUAAAUUUAAAUGCGUGAUUAGGGGGAUGAAUUGGCACUGGGUUCUACAUCUUUGCAUUGUUAUCCAUAAUAUACCAAUAUAUUUCUCAAAAAAUAUUUUCAUCCCAUAUUAUUCUCAGAAAAAAGCUAAAGACCACUUGGGUAUUGAAGGGGAUGACAACUCCACUAUGUAUGAAGAGAACGUCCAAGCUGGACAGUAAGUUAACUAUGCUGUAUUAUAUAUUCAUCACUGCUCUGAAAUAGGACCAUGCUGUGUUUAAAAUAAUUCAUCACUGCUCUGAAAUAGGAAAUAAAUGAAAGUGGGCCAAAAUAAAAUAUUUUGUCAACCCUUGGCUGGAUUAUAUAAAAGCUUUCAUUAAAUGAGCAAUGGGCUUACCUAGCGUGGUGUGUGAAUAGAAACAGUAAGCUAAAGCUUAUGCAUUUAGCUUCCCCUUUAUUGUGCUAAAAUACGGUAAAAUCAUUCAUUGUUGAUAAGAUAAGAUGAAAAUAUUCUUUAUCCAUCCAAAUAAAAGGAAAUGUUUUUUUUUUUUUUAUUACAUUGUACUUAUUUAUUUUCAGCACAUGAAUAAAUACAUAUUUUAACCAAGACAACAUUUUACAAUUAUAUCAAUUUAAUAACAAGACAUCAAAAGUAUUUCUCUAACGUAGAAAUCAGCCAGCAAUGAACUCACUUAGUGACAAUAUUAUCUUAAUUUAAGGAUCAUUUAGAUUUGGUAACCGCGUUGCUUUAAAUUCGUACAGAAGUGGGAACAAAAUAAUUUUUAAAUAUUUCGGUCCUUACUUUAAGAGAAAGAAUUUCUCUGAUCGAGCUGAUCUUAGGUGAUAAUGACAGGCGAUUUUUUAAUCUUUGGGUCUGCUUAUCCUUCUGUGAUAAUAACCUAGAUUGGCACUUACUCAGUUGUUGUUUGAGGUCCAAAAUAUUUCUAUUCCUGGUUUUAGUCCUCACUUAUCCCAUUAAUGUCUAUCAUUCUUAUACUAUCUUGUUAAUGUCUAUCAUUCUUAUCAUAUCUUGUUAAUGUCUAUCUUUCUUAACUUAUCAUGUUCAUUCAUCUGUGAUCAUUCAUUGUGCCAUUGUUUCCAGGGCGACCAUCAUCCAGCACAACCUUGGCAAUGUCAAACACCCUAACUCUGGAAACGUCUCCAUGCCUGGCCUACUCAGGGAUGGCUACCAGGGCGAGAACAAGAUCGCCGUCGGCUCUUUGCAGCGUGGACAGGUGUCUUCACAGUCUAAUAACGCACGGAGUGGUUCAUCAGCUCGGCAUGUCAGUGACUUUCCUUUGCCCUCUCUUAAUGAAACUUUCUCUCAUUUCAGUCAUUUUGUCCCAGGAAAUUUCAUCAAAGUUUAAUUCUGAAGAACUUAAAGUCAUUAAAUCAUGGUCAAAGUAAAAUUUGCACACACACGAAAAAGCAUAAUUUUUAUUGUUCACUUUGAGAUUUAUUCACCCCCUAAUACUAUCUGGUGAACAGAUUAUUAGAUAUUUCAAGUAAUGGGUUGCUAGUUUAUAAUAAACUAUAGCAACGAAGAGAGAAAGAUUGGACAUUGUUUAGUGAUCUAUUUCUUUGCUGAGGUAAUAUUUGACCUGGCCUUUACCAGCUGUGUUGUGAGAUUUAAGCUGUAUUUCUUAGUGUGGUGAUUGAUAUAUCUCUCUCUGCUAUUGCACUGUGUGCAGUGGUUUUCCAAUCUGGACUAGAGUACCAUAAGCUUGGCUUAUUUAAUCAAAGAGCUUGGUUUGUGUUAAAACAUCUUAGGAAGAUGAUCACCAGCAAAUAUCUACCCUAUUUUAUGCACAACAUGAAGUUGAUGAGCAAACAGGUUUAAGGGAAUAUACCAAGUCCAUCACAGUAACAAAAUAUUCAAUCUUUUGUUAAAUUAAUGCUCUCCUAAAAAUUAAAAAAAUUAAUUCACCAAAGGAAAUUGAGAAUUAUUAUUAUUAUUAUUAUUUUUUUUUUUUUAAACGUAACAAAAUGAAAUGCCACCUCUGUAUGCUGAUACAGUCUUGUCUAAUCCCUAAAGCCUCCACUUAAAAAAAAAAAAUAUUUAAGAUUUAUCGAUAUUCUGUAAACAUUUCUUGUAUAGUCUAGUUUUACUUCUCUACUUUUGAUCUACACCUAACAGUUUAUUAACAUUUUUGAUUGGCAUGACGUAGGAGUUAAAUUUUAAAUUUUUUUUUUUUUUAACCUCUUCAGCUCUUAUAAGACAUUGCAUGAAUGUCAUGAAAAGUAUUUAAAUUUUGCAUUCAUCAUACCAAAAAAUAUGGAAAGCAAAAACAGAUUUAUUUGCCAUUGAUUUAUUGAACAGUGCAUUCAUGUCUUUUUUGGCAUUCCCUACCGUCAAACAGUGCAUUUACGUCUUUUUUUCGCAGCCCUUGCAGCCAUACAGUACAUUUAGGUCUUUUUUCCACAGUCUUUACAGUCUUAUGGGAAAAUUCCUUUUUGUAGUUGAAUUCAUGAUUGAAAAUUAGGUCAUCUCUGUUAUUCAAUGUGUUUUGGUAAUUGAAAAAGCAUAGAGGGUAAGGAAGGAAGAUGUCUGAUGGAAAUCCUGAUCAUGAUUCUUUGUUUGGAGUAACUGAAAUUAACUUUUCUUAAAAAAUCAUAGAUCUGUUUUUCUGGUUAUGUGUCUGAGUAGUUAUUUUCUGUCUCAGCAUCGGCCUCAGGCAAACGAAAAAAGAAGAAAGGUAAUUUCAUUCAUGAACUUUCUCCCAGUUUAGAUGGUCCAUUACUGUUGUCAGAUAAAGGAAAACUAAAUAAGGAUAUUUAGCACACAAAAAAUGUUUCCUAACAAAAUUAUGAAAACUCCAGGCUGGGAGGGUGUCAACAGUUAGAAACAGGAUCUUAAAUAAUAAUUGCAACAAUGAAUAUUUUGUGUUGACACACCAACUCCCUGUUCCUUGUGAUUUCACACAGUGGGUAAAUGCAUGUUUUACUGACAUUACCUGUCAAAACCAACUGGCACUUUACAUGGAAAUGGUUUUCAUGGAAUAAGGGUUUAAUGCUAAAUUGUCACCAUAACCACUCAUUAGAGUUUUAAUUUGUACAUGGUGGUUUAUAGCUCUAGAAAAAAAAAAAAAAAAGACUAAACAUUAUAGCCUGAUGGCAAGAGACAUAAUUGACAUUACCUGUCAAAACCAAUUGGCACUUUACAUGGAAAUGGUUUUCAUGGAAUAAGGGUUUAAUGCUAAAUUGUCACCAUAACCCCUCAUUAGAGUUUUAAUUUGUACAUGGUGGUUUAUAGCUCUAGAAAAAAAAAAAAAAAAGACUAAACAUUAUAGCCUGAUGGCAAGAGACAUAAUUGGGCUAUGUAUUGUUUCCUUUCUACACCUUAUCAUGUGUGUUAAUUUUUGUGUCCCAUCAUAUUAGUAUAUUAGUAGGAGUUCUUGGUUUACACGUUUUAUAUUAUAGCCCCAUCCUGUUUAACAGAAAGUCAAAGUGUAUAAAUAUUCUGAGUAAAAUUGUAGUAAUAGAAAUUCUGUGUGUUUGAAUAAUUUACAGUACAUGUUUCUAAAAGUUGUUUAAAAAGCCUCUAAUUCUUGAUAUUGUGGAAGGUGUUGAGUACUAGAUGUUCUCACAAAGCGCACAUGUGGGCUAACAUGUCUUUGUCUGCACAACAAUCCUGUGUGUUCUAGGCACAUAACCCCAGAGUGGAUCUGCAUUUCAUGAGUUAAUAACUGCAUUUAUUUAUUUUUGUUAUUGCUGUUACAAAGUAUUUUUUUUUUUUAAUGUAUUUUUGUAAAUGACAGGCAUGGUACCAUCCUCCAGCACCUAAUGUUCUUUUAAACCACUUCCUUCCCCCAUGUUGCUAUGGUAAUACAGGGUGAUACCGGUGAAUUUGGGGAGAUUAAUGGCUCGGCUAAGAGCUCGUCAAGUUUUGACCUCAUGGAAGGGGGUCCCACUAGUGGAAUGCAGUCAGGAUCCAGUGUAUGUGUGUUCUUAAUAGUAGAUGCAUGUUCUAAUAAAUUAAGCCAGCAUUCAUUAUUGUUUGCACCAAAUAUAUAUUUCUGUGUGAUAUUUAACAUAAGCCAAUUCAUUCUUUUAUUAUAAUUUUUUUUUUUUACCCAACUUCUCUUCUAAAAUUUUUGAUAAUGAAAAAUUUAAGUUAUAAAAAUAAUUCAAACAAUAUACAAUAGUAAAAAAUUAUUCAUUUCAAAAUUGUUUUUGUGAUUAAAUUUUUAAACAUUUCAUAUAACUACAUCCUGUAGUUACAAUAACUAGAACUAUUUACUGUACUAAUUCUUAAUAUGCAUGUAUCCCUGAACAAUAAAUGUUAAACAUUUUCAUUCACAGACAUUAUGUAAAUGAAAAUAAUGUUAUGUUGUUUUUUCUUAAAGAAAGGAAGUAGUCCAAAAUAACUUUCCUUGCUCAAUUAUGUUAUGUCUGUAUUUUCUCAUUGCUUGCUACAUAUUUUAUUUUCAAACACACAACACAUGCAGCUUUGAACACAUCUGUUUAUACUUAAACCCUUAUCUUUCACUUAUGGCUGAAACAUUACUCUCAGCCGAAGAGCUUUCCCUUGUGUAGAUGGUAAAGGUAAUUUUAAACAUUCUAAAAAUCUUCAGUUGAAGGCAUAAUAAAUCUUUUCAAGCAGAGGAAUAUUUAUGUCAGUAAUUAUAUAAAAUAAGUCACCUACCAGUGGAACAAUUAUACCAAUCUUCAUUAAUAUUUAAGGGGGGAAAAAAAACAACUUUUUUUUCUCCCUAUUCAAAUUUUUCAAUUGUUUACUUUUACUUUACUCUAACUUUCUUAUAUUCACCUCAACUUUUAUUCAUAAUUAAACUUUGCAUACUUUAACCCAGAUAAUUAAAUGAUACAUUUAAUUGAACAUUUUAAAAGUGAAAAACUAAUUAAGGAUUUUUUUCUCCUUAACAUUUCUAAAACAUUUAGUCUUUGUUAAACUUAAACAGACAUGAAUUUAAAACAAAGCAAAACACUUCUUAUAAAUUUUUGAGUUUGACAUUUCUCAUAAUCUGCUACCAAUCAUGUAUGACCUAACUUGACAUCUUGUGUAUUUCAAUGUGCACCAUCUCAAAUUGUGCUGACCGUUGUAAUGCAUUCAUCAAGAUGAGCUUAACAGAGCAUGUUUUUAUAAAGAAAUUCUUACUGAUACUUUGGUUUUUAGAAAUUCUCAUUAUCUACACUAAUUCUCUGCUAGAUCAUAUCAUAUAUCUUUGCAGUACAGUGUCUUAAAAUGUAAUCAACUAUUACCAUAUGAUGUUGUUUGCAUGAAACCUAAUUCAUGUUGGAAAUAUUUUUAAAAAAAUUUUUUUUUGAUAUUGGCUAAAUUUUACAACGAAACAUUUUUUAAAAAAAAAUUAAUAAAAGUGCAUAAAACAUGUGGAGCUGAAAGAUAAUAUUUAUAAUUGAAGAGUCUUGAUAUUAAUUUAUUGGUUUUCUUUAUAACAAUAAAAUUAUUUACUAAUUUAUGUUGUCAUUUUGCUAUAAAAUUGAUGUUGAAUCAAAUCUUUAUAUAACACUUUAAAUUUGUUGACUAUUUGGAGCUUCUAACAUAACGCCUUUGUGUUGCAUUGUCAAGUUCUUUUUUUACUUUGCGAAACUGUCUCUGCAAAACUGACCCAGGCAAUGAGGUACAUGACUUUAAUAGUGUUGUUCAAUCUCCCAGGGUCAGACCAUCAUACAGCACGAGCUGACCCAGGCACAGAGGGCUUUCAUCUUGACUAUCUCCGAUGGCUUGGGGGCUAUAGACUCAGCCCAGGAUAAUCUCAACAAGAAGUCGGACAUGCCCAUACUUGGAGAUGAUCAGGUACGCAAUCUUUGCUCUCGCUGAUCUUAGUUUAAAAAAAUUUAAUUCAACUCUCUCUCUCUCCGGCUUCUGUUAUUAUAUUGUAACUUGGUUAGAGUGAGAGGAUAUUAAAAUGGAAAAUAACUAAUGUAUUCACUUGUCAUUGUAACCGCAGGCGUCCAAGAAGUGGCGUGAAAACCAGCUUGACCUGUCCAGACAGAAAGUGGGCUCCCAGUUAUCUGCCAUGAAUGCGGCUACAGCUCAGCUGGUGACCUUAACAUCUGGUGAACAGGAUGAUAUUGAUUACACUGCCGUUGGGGCAGCUGUCAAUCAAAUGUAAGCCAACCUUUAGCAUUUUAUUUUACGUUGUCAUAAAAAUUGUUUCAUGUCUACUUCCAGCCAUGCUGUUAAAUAAAAAGGUAAAACAUAAUUGCGAAAUUUAUGAAUAGAAUUUUUUUAAGUGUGAAUUUUGUUUAUGUUAACGCAAAACAUUUCAUAAACUUGAAUACUAUAAAAAAAAAUUAUUGUUUCAAAAUUUAAUUUAAUUUUAAUAGAAAUUGAUUUUUGGCAGAAACUUAACAAAUUAAAUUAAGGCCCAUCAUUAAUUGGGGAUUUAACAUCAAUUCUGACUAUAAAUGUUUCAAGUAUUUCUUAAAUGUAUGUGUUGUCAUGAGCAUACUAAGGUCAAGGUAAACAGCUAAAAUCAAUGUGGUUUUUUUUGGCAAUGUGUUACAUUAAAUGAACUUGAUAACAUUUGGGGUAUUUGUCUCCAGAACCUCCAAUGUUGGAGACUUUAGCCGUGACGUCAAGAUGCUGGCAACUCUCCAGGAAGAGGGUGACUCGGGUCAGAGGUUAUUGGACGCUGCCCGCGGCCUGAUUGGAGCAUUCUCAGAUCUGUUGAAAGCCGCCGAGCCAGGCACCCAAGAAGUAGGUCUACGCAAACACGGCACCUCAUGUUGUGUUUUACAGAUUAUCUUGUCAGAUUUCACUCCGCCAUGUAAAGCUGAUAAAUACAUUCUAAGUUCUUAUACUUUUUAAAUGUUUUAUUUGGAGAUAAUGUGAUCCAGCUGAAAAAAAAGAAAUGUAAAGCACAAUGAUUGUCAAAAGCUUGAAAUGAGAAGCACACAAAAAAAACAAAAACAUUGUAUUUCCUGGUUAAAAAAUGCUGACCACAUGUCAAAUUAACUGAGAAAACUGCAAAAACUAAUAAAAAAUCUUUCAUGACCCAUGUUGAUUUGAUGUAACUUUGUCAAAACUCUGCCUUAACUUAAUAUAUAUCUUGCUCAAGAGAAAAUUGGUCUCUUUCUUCUUCAGCCAAGACAGAAUUUGUUGGCUGCAGCAGGACGCAUUGGUGAAGCCUCACAGGAAGUGAUCCACGAGGUAGGGGAGACUGUGGAUGACUUGGACAGAAUCUACCAGGUAUGUGCACUUUAACUUUAAUCAUUUUAUGAUUUGUUGUUUUUGGGGAAAAUAAGAGCGCUCCUGGAGAAUUCUCUUUUGAAGGCCUGAAACUUUUAUUGAUGUUAUAUUUUUUUGGUAUUAACUGGGUAUGAAACAUUGAUGUUGACAUUUUGUAUUUGUUGAUAGACACAUUUAGCUAUGAUGUCUUAAGAUCUGAAUAAUUGUUGGCUGCUGACAAUAAAAAUCUAAUUUUUUUUUAGUUUACAUUUAAUGUCUUUAAGGACAUCGUAUAAUUUUUUGUAGGCCACCGUUACCUUGUAUUACCUUUUAGGUAACUAUUUACAAGCAUGAUAAUUGAGAGGCGUUGCGAGUGACCGAUGUCAUUAGAGUGCGAGCCGCAGGAAUGCAAUGACUGCCUUGGAGCACCCUUUCAAAUAGCUCGAAAGAUUUUAUCAUUAAUGGUUUGCACCCAGUCCACACCUCAAAUCCAUUCAUAGCAGCUGUCAUCAUGGUCCCUAACCUUCGCCAGACAGUUAUUUGUUUAUGCCUUAUGCCGAAUAAAGGUAUCAGUGUACCCCUUUUCAGCAAGCUAAGUUAAAUAUUUCCUUGUUGACCUGUCUCCUCAGGAAGCCUUACUUGCCUUAGCCAAAGCAGUGGCCAACGCUACAGCAUCCCUGGUGCUCAAGGCCAAGACUGUGGCCAACACGUCAGAUGAUCCUGUCCAACAGGACCGGGUCAUCUCCUCAGCUACACAGUGUGCUCUUGCCACGUCCCAGCUUGUUGCCUGCACUAAGGUCAGAGUUGAACUUUUGUGUCAUAUAGGACUUUGUCAUUUAAUUGUGUGUGUCAAACAAAAUCAUGAACAUUUCUAGUUCGCCAAUUAUUGUAACUUGAAUAUUUAGAGGAGGGGUUUGAAAAAUAGUCAAGUGGUUUUGUUUUAAGAUUUUUAGCAAAACCUUAAUAUAACCGAAAGAAAAGAUAUAGGCUUCUAAAAGAAGUUGCACACUUUUUUUAUUUCACUAAAUUUUUUUGUUAAUUAUUAUUUUGUUAAAUCAGAAUCUUCGGCUCAAUAUUUCUUUUACCUUUUUCAUGACUAUUUGUUUUUAAAAUACAUUAAAAUAUAUGAUAUAGGACUAUUCAUCUUCAGGCAUUGUAUCGCUUAAUUAUUGAUACAUCUUUUUAAUGAUUGGUAAACAAAUGAGCCUGGCAUGUUAUUUACACAACCGACAUCAACUCUUGCAGGUUGUUGCCCCAACCAUUGGUCAUCCAGCUUGCCAGGAACAGCUCAUAGAAGCAGCCAAACUGGUAGCCAAGUCAGUCGAGGGCAUUGUCGAGACGUCUCAGGCUGCCUGCAAGGAUGACCACUUACUGCAAGACUUGGGAUCUGCCGCCACAGCAGUGACUAAAGCUCUCAAUGAUCUGUUGAUGCAUAUCAAGAAGGCUGCCAACCCAGCUCAUGUAAGGGGAUGUGACACUAGAUCAGGGGUUCUCCAACUCUUGGCCCCAGGGCAUCAUGAUGUCCUUCAAGUUUUAUUUUUGAAUUGUUUUUUUCAAACUGAUUUGUUCUACUCAUCAUUAUAAGAUACAACAUUAAAGUUAUUAAAGUUUUGCCCAGGUCCUCAAAUUUUCCUCCUGGGACCCAUCUGGUAGUUAAAGUUUGAGAGCCCACUACAGAUUGCAUUCAAAUAAAAUUCUCUGUGCCUUGAAUUAUAGCUGUUAAAUAUUUUAAAAGAGUAAAAUCAUAUAUAUAUGAUUUAAUAAUAGAAUAUAUCUAUAUGAUUUAAACAAUUUUACAACUUAUUCAUUUUACCAUUCUAAAUUAAUAACAGUUUCUGUGCAUUGUGCCUUGGUUAUGGUGAACUGUUAUUUUACUCUGCCUAGCUAAUCUUUUUUGUCUUGAUAUCAGGCCAAUGAACAGCACGAGGAGGCAGUGGACACCAUCAUCAAUGUUACUGACCGACUGUUUAGUUCUGUGGGAGAUGCCCAUGAGAUGGUCAAGCAGGCCAAACAGCUGGCUCAGGUAAUGACUCCAUAAUAUCAUUUUGACUUGAGUUACAAAUAUUUUUAUGAGAAAUAACUUUGACAUCUUCUGCUUUCAGUUUCAUUUUAGAAAGUGUUUAAUAUUCAUCUAUGUUGCUUAAUUGGAUAGGCAGAAUGCUUUUCAAGUCAUUUAAAAAAAUCUGUACUGCGUAAUCUGUAAGAAUGAUGUUAAAAUUGUUAAUCAUCCAUAUCCUUGAAUAAGUUAAAUGAUGUCUAUUAAAGAAAUAGCAUUUGAUUGUGAAAAUAGAAUGUAGAAAAAGAAUGAAAUUGUAUAGAAAAAAAAUGUUGUUUAUCCCAGGCUACCUCCACAUUGGUGAGCGCUAUCAGAGGUCAAGCAGAGGACCACACAGACUCAGACACACAGAAGAGACUGCUGGCAGCAGCAAAGCAGCUGGCAGAUGCUACAGCCAAGUUGGUUGAGGCUGCUAAAGGAUGUGCCACAAGGUGCUUACAAUACACAGAGACAUUACUAUUUUUUUUUAAUAUUCCAAGUAGAAUGUAUUGCUAGUGGAACUGAGCAAAAUGAUGAGAACAAAAUUAAUGUUAUUACAGUCAUAUUACAUUCUGACAAUUCAGUUUGAUGAAAGUGAAAUGUAACUUAUUGCUGAAUGCCUUCUCCAUUCCCAGUCCCAAUGAUUCAAACCAGCAGCAGAUGCUGAGGACAGCCGCUGAAGAGCUAAGGUCAGCCACAAACACAGCUGCCAGCAAUGCCUUGAAGAAGAGACUGAUGACCAAGUUGGAGGUUAGUAGGCUGUGUGAGGAGUUAGCUGUGACUGAUGGAAUUUCUCCUGGAAAGAGUUUUGCAAAAAUAAUAGAACAAAUAAAAGAAGUAUGAUUUACAACUAGCAGAAAUUACUUUUAACACCACACCCCCCCACCCCCCCCCCGAGAAAACAAAUUUAGUUACAAUACCUUGUAUAACAUAUUUAGUGGAUGUAUUUCACCAUCAUCAUUCAGAUCCAGUAGCCAUUUGGGCAUGUGUCCUUUGGCGUACGGCAAUGAAUUUUAUCAGUUGCUCUCUCCUAAAUAGGAAACUGAAUAAGUUUGUAAAAACCAGUUGCACUUAAUUAAAUAAAAAACACAACUUGUUAACAAAAUAAACUUAACAAAUAUUAUUUUACACUUUACUUAAAAUGUUUUAGAUUUGCUUAAAUAGGUGUUUCUGUCACAAUGUCUCUCACUUCUGCAUCAGCUAGAACAAAUAGAGCAUCAGCAGAAAGGGUAAAUGUAAAUAUUUUGAUGAGCGGUUCCCAGUAUAGACGCAUCUGUUUGCCUAAAUAAUUCCACAGAAACAACUGGCAAUGUCAUGGUAUGAGAUGAGUUGUUUUUUUUUUUUUCAGUCUUCAGCCAACCAGGCUGCCGCAGCAGCCACCCAACUGAUAAAUGCCUCCAACCAGGCGUACAAGACCAACUGCAACCCAUCAUCUAACCAACAGAUGGCCACCGCUGCUCAGGUCAGUACAGGCUUGUGUUCUGGGGGAGUUCAGCUUACCUGGUCUUACUUGAGCAAGAUAAAAAGCUGGACUAAAACUCUAGAUUUUUUCUGUUAUAUAAGUUUUCUAAUGAGCCUGCAACUUUCUUCAUUCCUCAAUUUUUUUUUAAACUGGAUCUUAAGAGCAUAAGGAUGAAAGCUUUAUCUGUUAAUUAAUUACAAAAAUUAAAAUUUCCAUUUUUAUAGUCUGAAUUAUAAGAGGGUUUGACUGCGAUAAAGCUUUCAAGUAGAUUAACUAGACACACAAAAAUAUUGUGCGUAAAUAAACAGUUUUUGUUAAGCUUUUAAUUAUGGUUAAACGGAAAAUAUAUGCAAACGUUUCAGCAAAUGCCUUCAUCAGUACAACAAAACAAAUUCAUAUAAGUAUAAAUUACUCAAUUUCAAUGUUUAUAGCGUGAACAAAGUUGAUUAUCAUUGAUCCAGUGUAUCUCUCCCAUUAUAAUUGAUCCAGUUUAUGUCGUCCCAAGCUGCUUAUAAUUGAAUUUACUUUAAAAUGAGAACAUAAAUCACCAAGUUUACAUUUGACUUUCCACAGAGCUUAGACCAGCAGAUCCCAACAUUAGUUCAAGCCUUGCGAGCGGUCCAACGCCACCCGGACAGCGCCACGGCCCAGCUGGCUCUCAUCAACGCGAGCCAGGAUUUCAUCCAGCCGGCCAGCCGUCUGAUUGGGGCGGCCAACGCCGCGGCACCGACUGUCUCUGACCAGGCGGCUGCACUUAACUUACACAAUGCUGUGAAAUUUAUGUCCAGUGCUGUUGCUGAGCUCAGAUCUUCAGCCAACAAGGUGAGUCAGCUCAGUCUCAUCAAUUGGUCCCACUGGCAUGGUGCCCAUUGUUUAUUUGAUGAUUCAAAACCUGCCAUACCCAAAAAAAGCAACAACAACAACAAAAAAUAAUAAUAUUAAAAUUUUAAACAUAUAUGAACAAAAUACUUGUUUAUUUUUCAAAAUAUAUGUUUUUGAUAACCCGUUAAAUUAUUAUUAAAAUAAGGAUCUAAACCUCUGGGAGCUAAUUCUUGAAUUUUUGGUUUCUGUGUGUCUGGACCAUGUGCCCAUUUUUCUUUCGUUUUGAUUAUAAAAUGAGUAAAACAGUGUAGGGUUAAACCUGAAAGAAUAAACGCAACAAAACAACGAAUGUGUCGGCAGAAAGUCUUCGUCAGCGAACAAAACAACAGAAAAAAUAGUAUAAAAAUAAAAAUAAGAAAUAGCACUAAGCUGGGAAGUAGUAUCCGUGAGCAGCUUUCUGCCGACACGUUUGUUGUUUUGAAGCGUUUAUUCUUUCAGGUUUAACCCUACUCUGUUUUACUCAUUUUAUAUUGUGCUAACCUGAUUGCAGUCUCUCCCCUUAUUACCCUUUCGUUUUGAUUGAAUUUUUAGUUAUUACUAAUGCCACAUUCAUAGCUCAAAUUAUCUUAAUGUAUAAUUUUGUCAGCUGAUGAUAAAAUAUUCUUAGCUUUGUAAUGUCCAAAAUGAAGUCUGUCUUCAUCUACCUGUUGUUUUUUUUAUCCACCUGUUAUAUUCAUUGCUUUACACAAACAGGCCCAGGAAGCUUGCACGUCCCUGGAAAUAGACAGUGCCCUUGACCAGCUGGGAGAUCUGGACCAGGAUUUGGCUGAGAUAAAACAGGCGGCUCUGUCAGGCAGGCUGACCAGGCUACCAGGAGAAACCGUGAGUGACAAUCCUUUGUCUUUUGGCUAGAUAUUAGAAUAAACCCAGUAUUGCAGAAAUUUCAAUUAUUUCGAUGUUAUUUUUUUUACCAUUAGGUCUUUAAGUGAUUUUUUUACCAUAAUGUCUUUAAGAUAUUUUUACCAUUAUGUCUUUAAGUUAUUUUUUUACCACUGUCUUCAAGCUAUUUUUUUACCAUUAUGUCUUUAAGUUAUUUUUUAACCAUCAUGUCUUAAGUUAUUUUUUUACCAUUAUGUCUUUAAGUUGUUUGUUUACCAAUGUCUUUAAGUUAUUUUGUUUACCAUUAGGUCGUUAAGUUCAUUUUUUGUUGUGCAUUCCCUUAAUAGGCAGAAUCCAGCUCUACCCAGCUUGGCCACACAUCAAAGACAGUUGGUUCUUCUAUGGCACAGUUACUGACAGCUGCAGCUCAGGUGGGUCACACACUACCUAACGCUACCACUAACCAUUUCAGAUUGUAGAUUAAAAUUCAUUAGAAAAAUAAGAACAAAUUAAAUUUUUAAAAAAAUGUUAAAUAGUUUCAACUGUGACCACAAGAGCGUCACUAAAAUUGUGCCAUUAAUACUUUUUAUGGCUUGGUCUUUCAGUGCAAUAUCAACUAUAAUUUCCAUAGUUAUUUCAUAUGACUAAAAACCAUGAAAUUGUCCUAUUGACAGGGCAACGAAGACUAUGUGGGCAUCGCAGCCAGAGACACGGUCAACGCCCUGAAGGUGCUGGUCAGCUCUGUCCGCGGUGUAGCGGCCACAACAGAUGACCGACAGAUCCAGCAGGCCAUCCUGGACAACGCCAGGGAUGUCAUCAACCAGUCCAUACGUCUGCUUGAGGAGGCCAAGUACGCCAUGAAUGAUCCAAACAACCCAGACAACCAGCAGAGACUGUCACAGGUCAGUUGGGCUUCACUGUCACAGGUCAGUUGCGCUUCUUUUUGGCAGGUCCGAUGGGCUUCAUUGUCACAGGUCAGUUGGGCUUGACUCUCACAGGUCAGUUGGGCUUCACUGUCACAGGUCAGUUGGGCUUCAUUGUCACAGGUCAGAUGGGCUUCACUGUCACAGGUCAGAUGGGCUUCACUGUCACAGGUCAGAUGGGCUUCACUGUCAAUGUUCAUAUUUCAGUAGCCCCAUUUUCACAGGUCAGAUAGGCUUCACAGUCAAUGUUCAUAAUUCAGCAGUCUCAUUGUCAUAGGUCAGAUGGGCUUCACAGCCAAUGUUCAUAUUUCAGUAGUCUCAUUGUCACAGGUCAGAUGGGCUUCACAGUCUAUGUUCAUAUUUCAGUGUACUUCUGACUUCAGCAAACUAGUUUUAUAUCCAAGUCAGCAACUAGACUCAUUUUUCCAAUAAUUUGGGGAGGUAUUUUACUAGUGAUUUAAAUCCUACAGGACCAUAUUUCCAUUACUGGACUAAGAAGUUAUUUCACUGUUCUGUACAACCGCAGAAGAAUUUCAACCCACUUCCUUUUGGUUAUGAGAAAAUGCUUUCAUUUUACCACAGGCACCCAUUGUAUAAUUUCAUUAAAGGUGGGGGGAAAUUUUUUAAAUUGAUAAAUUUACUGAUGAUAACUUCAACUUUAUAUAUAUAUAAAUUUAUAUUAUGGUGUUUCAGGUUGCCAAAUCUGUGUCCAAUGCAUUGAACAACUGUGUCAACUGUCUGCCAGGACAGAGAGAUAUUGACAAUGCCAUCAGACUAAUCACACAGAACUCACAGAACUUGUCCAGCCCAAGGGUAUGUCAGGAACUUUGUUACAUUGAAUACAAUACAAAACACAUUUUUCAAAAAGUUUUAUAGAUUCUUAUGGAGAGAGACUGCACUCAAGCUGUGAGUUUAUGCAAUGACACUGCUUGAAAUGAGAAGCAAUAUGUUUUGUUGUGUUUGAUUGAUUAGUACAAGCAAUACUUGCCUCGGGUUUUGUAUAUCCUUCAUGUUUUAUAGUGAAACAAUAUAUAACUUUGAAACAAACUGUAAAUCAAUCAAUAUUUUGUGGAAUGGAAUAAAGUGUUUCUGUUAUAUUCUAUUUUAAUAGAGAAGUUUAUGCUGGCCAUCUAAUGUUAUAAAAUAAGAUUAUUUUUUUUUUAUAACCAUGAAACACAAGGUCACAGUGGAAGACCACUGCCCAUGUAUGAAAGGAGGUUGAAGUCAGAUAACAUAUGAUUUUUCUAUAACGUGUGCAUGCUGCAUUAGGCAUCAGUUAUUAAGGUCACUUGUGUGAAAAAAUUUCAUUUGUUGAUCUACUAACUGACCUAAUGUUUCUGUGUGUUGAUACUGUCCGUUUCCCGGUUGUAGUUCCCGCCGACAGACAAAACCUACCAAGAAGUGCAGAACGACAUGAACAACGCCGCCCUGAGUCUGAACCAAGCUGCCAGUGAUAUAGUCUCAUCUUCUAGAGUAACUACACAACACCUUGCCGAGUCCUCUACAAGAUACAGGUUGUUAACUUUUUUCUAGACUGUGCACAUUUGAAUUCAUAAGCACAUUACAUCCCGAUCAAUUAGCCUAGUCUUCUUUAAUGGGGCUAAAAGCACAAUAUUUAUUUAUUUAUUUAGGCAUUUUUAUAUAGCGCUUACUUUACAGCUCUAAGCGCUUUACAUCCCGAUCAAUUAGCCUAGUCUUCUUUAAUGGGGCUUCUUGAACUUUUGAGUGUGACUGACCCGUAAGAAGUAAUUAAAAAUGCACUUGGAGUCCAAUUUAUUUAUUAAUAUUAUUGUUUCUUCAAAAAAAUCUUAAAUUUUUCACCUUUGAUGAUUGGCAACUGAGGACUUGCUGACGGAAACUUGUUACUAUCCCAUAAAUUUAAAACGCACUGCUUUUCUAAGUAAACCAUUAUUAGUUUCUAUUGGCUAAGGCCAAAACUCUGUCUAUGGCAAUACACAAACCUAUUAGAACUAGGCUGUGUUAAACAUCAAGAGUCUUCAUAUUAUUGUUUCAACUACAUAAUAAACUUUUUUUUGGUCAACAGUCACCACUAUGAGGACUUUGUCCACACUGGACUGACCUUGGCCGGGAUCUCCAAGGACCUUGAGACCAAGAACCAGGUUGUAGGUGGCUUGAAGAGUGUUUCCAUGGUGUCCAGUAAACUGAUGCUUGCUGCCAAGUCUGUGUCUGCUGACCCCAACGCACCAAACUCUAGGAACCUUCUAGCCCAAGCCGCCAGGUUGGUAACAUCAUAUAUCACAUAAGUGUGUGUUCCCAGGGGAACAAUAUUGGGAAAAGAGGGAAGAUGAUAGCCAAAUAUAGGCAAACUAACAUUAAAAAACAUAUGUUUUAGCUAUAUGGCAGCUGAGUUAUGUAUGACAACAACAGCUUAACCAAUGAAACAUAUUUAAAUAUAAGACGAGUUAUAUUAUGAAGAAAAUUUCCUGAAGCCAAUCAUAUUUUCUAGUACUGACCUAGAAAACUUUAUCCUUUGAUGGAACCUAUUAUUUUUUUUUUAAUUACUUAAAAACAUAUUAUACACCACCACCCCCAAACCCCCCACCCCAAAAAAAAAAACCAUACAAAAACUUCAGAUUAAGCGAAUAUUAAUCAUUCCUGUCAAAUGAAUGAUAUAAACAACAUAUUGUAUUUGUUUCAUUUCCACAUAUAUGCACAGUGUUUCAUCGUCUGAUUCAACAAUAUCAUUAAUGAGGCUAUUUUAUCCAUUCAUUGUCUGGCGUGUCCUUACAACAACUGCUUUUACUGUGCUUAAAAAUCUGUCCAAUGUCUUACAGAGCUGUGACAGAGAGCAUCAACCACCUGUUCAGCAUAUGUACCCAGUCAGCUCCUGGACAGAAAGAAUGUGACAAUGCUCUAAGACAGAUUCAGGUACUUUUUGUUUUAUUUUAAAAACCUUUUUUUUUACUAAUUCAAAAGAUUGAGUGCAAAUCCUUUUCAUCUCUAUGUGUACAAGAUAUAAAGUAGCCCUGUGGUGGUGGUAGUUAAGAUGUACUUCAUUUCUCGCCAUUCAUUAGUUUGCUUAAGCUAAGAUGAAUUUUAUAUCCUACAACUCCCACAAACUGUUUCAGAUGAUAGCGAGUAUGCUGGACAAUCCCAAUGAACCCGUCAGUGACCUGUCUUACUUUGAUACACUCCAGGCCGUCAUGGAGAAAUCCAAGGUUCGAUUGAAUAAUUAUUAUUAGAAAUGACUUGCCAAAUAGCAUAACAGAUAUAUAUUUAAUUAAUUUGUGUACACAAUAUUUGAGGGUUUUGACACUAUUUUCAUUAUAUGCAUUUUGAGUCUAACUUCAAUCAUUUGAAGAAAGGGAUACCAAACAGUAUAUUAAACAUAAUAUAGGUAUAUGGAAAAAUUAUUUUGUAUGGUCUGAGAAUUGAACCAAAUCUAAAAUACAAGCUAGGCCAGUAGUCCACAAGUUCACCAAUGAUCAUGGUGAUGCAUUUAGCCGUAAGUUCUGCUUAUGAUAUGGCGAGCAAAGGGAAAUCACUUCAAAACACAUUUUUGAAAUUUAGAAUUAUUAUCCCCUUGUAGACACCUCUACAGGAGUGAAUGCCACACAUUUUGUCAUGGCAUUUUUAUAUUUAAAAGAUGGUCAAAUGUUAGCCAUUGAUUGGUACUUACUGUGCAUCUGCAGGACCUUGGAGAUGCCAUGACAGGAAUUUCAAAUCAAGCCAAGAAACAAGACAUGGAUGAGUUCUGUGGCUCUGUCCGGAACUUUGCCAAUUCUGUGUGUGGCCUUACAGAAGCCUCUGUCCAGGUAGGUUUUAGGAAUUAGGAGGCUCCCGGCCCAUAUGGAUUCAAUAAUAAAAGCUCUACCAUUUCAUGGAAUGAACACAAGUGUAGUAACUGAUGCAACAAUAGAUUCAGCAGUGGUUAAAUUAAAUAAAUUAUUUCCAGGCUGCCUAUUUGGUUGGCAUCUCUGACCCCGCCUCGGAACCUGGUCGUCCCGGAGUGGUUGACCAAACCCAGUUUGCUCGUGCCAAUCAGGCAAUUCAGAUGGCCUGCCAGAACCUGACCAACCCGGCCAGUUCUCAGCAACAGGUAAGUUGUCUUGACAGCAGCUGUUUAAUCAUAAUACGAUGCCCUAUAUCCCCACUACCCCAAUCCUUCAGUCCCAGUUUAGAAAUACCUCUGUUAUCGCUAUGCUUCAUUGUUCUCAUUCAGGAAGUCUUAACAAAAAUCUGAAAUAUUUGGAAUAUCAUCCCUACAAAAUCUAUCGGAACAUUUUUGUAGCUUUCCCAUCUUUGCACUGUUGAACAAUGUGCACAAAAUGCUAGCAAUCAAAUUUGAAGGCACUCCUAUUUUUUUACUCUUAAUAUUGCAAGUCAUUUGAUACAUCAGAUAAAUUUUCAAAAUUUCUCCAGUGAUGCAGAGACUCACACAAAUACCUCUACUAAACUUAUUUCAAAAUUCUAGAAUUUCAUUAUUUUCUUUCCAUUUUUUUUGUUAGAACCAUUAUUUUAUUUUUUUUCAUAAAUAAAAAAAAAAUCAUUUAUCUGCAAGCAAUGUUGGUAGUAUUGGUGGAUUUAACAUGAGUUGAUUCUUUCAAGAGUUUCACUCUGGAUUCUCUCAAUACAAUGUCUUAUUUAAACUCUAAUGUGAUUUUAAGAUUGGGGCAGAGGUUAUCUAGAAAACACGUUGAUAUUUGUUUGCAUUUGUGUGUGGGUGUGUGUGAACAGUGAAAUGCAGUAGUGAAUGCAUUAAAAGCUUGCUGGUAUAAAAUAAUAUCAACUAUUUUUUAAGUUUAUUUGUUUAAACUUUAAAGAAUUAUUAUUAUUUUUUUUGUGUGCUUUAUAUUCAAAAGCAUGUUUAAAAAAAAAAAUGUUAAUUUCAGUUUUCUUUUUAAAAACUUAUUUUAAGUAGUGCCUUUCUGAGUGUUUUAGUUGUUACAUUAAGGUUUCCAUGUCUAUUGUAGUUUUUAAUUGUUCUCUAUGUUAAAUACUUAACAUGGGGGUCAUUUGAAAAUAUAUGUAAGAUUGAUGAUUGAGCCACCCCACACCUUAUAACCCUACCCCUCAUUAUUUAGGGUAACAACACACAAGCUCAGGUAGGUCGCUCCACGCUAUUACAUAACACUUUCUACAUUGGCAUAUCCUAUUCUUCUCAUACAUCUAACCACAGAGAAAUUAUUAUUGUACUAUAUCAAAAUAUGUCCUUGUCUUCAUCUCUUCAUGUUCACGCCUAAAUGACUUUCCAAUAACUUCAUAAGAGUGCUGGCUGUAUACAUUUUGGGUUUGGGCAUAGCACUUAGCUAUUUAUAUUUCUAGUUUCGGGAUGCUUCCAUCAGAGCCUAGCCUCAAGGUUUCUUUUUCAUCUAUGUAAAUUAGUUGGAUCCAAUGUUUUCCUUUUAUCUAAUCAUAAAUGAAAUAAAUUUUCACAAAUCAAAGGGAAAAAAAAAAGAAAGGCCAUUUCUUAAAAUUAAAAGACAUAAUGAUAAUGCGUCAGUGUGAAGAAAAAUGUCAAAUUUUAAUUAUUGGAAAAAGUGGGUUGUUUCAAAAACUAUUUCAUGCUUUUUCUUGUUGAAUAGGAAGGGGGCUAAAUCUUGACUUCAUGUUCAUGUCUUUUUCUUCUGUUUAUUAGUGAAAAUGAGGACAUACUUUGUUGACUAAGUUUAAUAUCAAAGAGAGUAACUUCAAUUUAACCCUAACUAUUUGACAAGCUUUUCUCAUAGCAAUGCUACUUUUUGUCACUAUAACUACUGUAUUCUGUCAUGAAUAACUACAUCCAGUGGUAAACUAGUAAAAAGUUAGUUUCACUAUUUUGUCAUUAACACCUAACACAGUGACAUCUUACAUCAUAGAUACAGUGAUAAAAUACAGCAUCGUCACAGCCACCACUGUAAUUUUAAUUUAAAAAUAUAUAAAUAAUAAACAAAAUAAUUUUUGAACAGUUUUUGUCUGCAUAUAGAUGGAGAGAUGUUUUUCCUUCAUUCUAGUUCAGUUUCAUAUAAGAUAAGAUGAUGUUCAUUUGAACAUCCCAAAGAGUGAUACUAUAUUGAAAUUGGGCUGGUAUUAUCAAUGAUUUAGUCAAAAGUAAAUAUUUUUUUUAAAAUGCAGGUAUAAUUAUUCCCUCUGUUUAUGUAGGCUGGCGUUUCAUCCACUCUAUGUAUCAUUCACAUGAAUGAAUAUUCACAUUGACCUUCAUUAUAUUAUACUAAAAAUCAUAGUGCUACCUGUUAAAUUCAAACUUGUAAUAAAUAACAAAUAUAUUAACCCGGUUAUUGUAGCAUUCAGUAAUUUCAUAUGUAACUCAAUAUUAUCUCUAAAAUAUUGGAGCUUAACUAUAUAAAAAUAGUGGAGGAUACCCAUCGUGACCAAAGACAAUACUAUAAACCUAUAUCUGUGUGGACUGUAAGUUUUUUUAAUACUUUCUCUCCAUCUCUCUGCCAACAAGUAUUAUGCGUCAUGGAAUUUGCGUUCUAUGGUAAGCCAGCCACCAAACAUGUUUUCAAAAGAAAGCUUAGACUCAAUGUCCCAUGCUGUAAACACGUUCAUAUCUUCAGCUCUUUCCUUUACUUGGGUUUUUUUUUUUUUUUGUGGCAAUUUCUACAGAAAUAAUAUCCAAAGUUAAGAUUUGUUUACUUUACGCCCAAAUAUUUUCCUGUAAUGCCCCUGUGGUUAGAGGUGAGGCUAAAAAAGGAAAAAUUACCUCAAAAGUCUGCUUCAUAUUGUUUCUGAUUUUUUUUUGGGUGGACGCCUAAAAAUUAAUAUACACAAAUUUAAAUAGUGAUGACCAAAAAACUGUUAAAAGAAUCUCAUUAACAGAUAAGAGGGAUUUUCUUUGCAAUAGAAAUUUUUUUUUAUUUUAAAACAAAGUAACAUCAAUUAAAGAAAUAACUUUUUUUUUUUUUUUUAAAGUGAAAUAUUCUUCUGUAGAAAUGCCUAAGCUGUAUUUUUUUUAAAAAGAUAUCUAUGUUAACAGUUGUCUAGUCUCAAAUGUUAUCACACAUUUCAUUGAACUGAGAAAACAUGUCACUUGGUGUUUUACUUAUUCACUUACAUAACAACUUUUUAAUGAAUGUUUUUGUUUGUUUAAAAUUAAAAUUAGAAUUAAAAAUUUAAUGGAUGUGGAAAAAUUUGAAGAAAAAAAAUGUUAAAAAAAUAUUUAAAUAAAAAAAAAAAUUUAAUUUCUUUUUUUUUUUUUUUUAAAAGUAAAUUUUGAUUAUUUAGUAAAAUUUAUAUCUUAACUGUAACCAACUAAAUAUUUGAUUAAAUUGGUUUUUAGAAAUUAUAGAUGUUCACCUUAUAGCCAUUAAGUGACUGACGGAAUAGUUUUAAAUAAAAUAUUUUUAUAUAAUAAAUUUCUGUGGCCUGGCUUGUAGCUUUAUGUUGUAUUAUUAUUAUAACUUCUUACCAUCUGAGAUGUGUUAGCACUUUAACAAUGAUUUUUUUUUUUACAUUAAAAUGAUAGCAUUAGCCAAGGACCAUGAUAUAGUUCCCAUGAGUCAUGUGAUCUCGUAGUCUUGCCAUAGUUUUGAGUGUGCAGAGAAUUUAAGUUUACACAUGUUUGCUUUUAUCAGCCCUCAUUUUCCUUCUACCAUUGAAAAAAUUCCUUCUUUCAGAUCUGUUAUCAAGUAAGUUUUUUUUUUCUCCCUCAAUUUUCCAAUAUUUUCUUUCUUUUCGUUUCAUGUCAUUUUCAUUUCCUUCCAAAUUUUGUUUGUCUGCAGGAGAUAUUGACAAAGUUACUGAAGAAGGCAAUUAUUCCAAAUUAAACAAAUAAAAUAAAUAUGUAACAUUUCUAAAUCACAAUAAAUAUAAUCAAGUUUUACAUCUACCUUUUAUUUUGAUGCAAAUGCACAUAAUUGGAUUUGGGAUUUAUUUAACAUUUCAUUUUUGAUACUGCCACUUCUUGAAAAUAACAAAACUUUAUAUAUUACGUAAAAAUGAGACAAUGAUAUAAUAUUGCACUUGUUAGGUCCAGACUUACAUUCACAUAGAGUUCUAAUAAAUAUGAAAGACAGAGUUGAAGUCAGACACAUUCCAAAUGCUACUUAGGACGGCCCAUGGGUUAAGUCUUCUUGGAUUGGUUAAACCACCUCCUGUUUGUCCCAUUGAAUCAGACAGUGUCAGGAAGACAGUGACCCUGCGGCAUGACUAACAAACCGUGUUCUUGUCUUGAGUUGUGUCAGAAGUCUGUGCAUGUCGGUAACACUGUUGCACAAAACAAACAUUGUCUGUUAUGUUAUGAGUAACCCAAUCUGAAACUGCAGUGCUUUAAAAUCCAUAGAGCAUGGUCUUUUCUUGACCAGUACUUACAAGCAAAUAGAAGCAAAAUUCAAAUUUUUUAAAAAAAAUUCUUGAUACAAUAUUACUCUUUAUAUUGUUUACCAUGUAAAUAUUUUAUUUUAAAACAUGAUAAUAAAAAAAUAUAUAAUAUUUUCACACACUAUUAUAUAAAGCUUGUAUUUUAAGCCAGUGUAUGCUCACUGAUGUAUAAUUCAAGUUAGUAUCAGUCUUUAGUUGGCCUUAUGCUAUUUUCUUUCAAACUGUCACUGCAUCAACUUGAUAGAAUCAGUAUCAGAGUAGGAUAUAUGCAGUCAGGGUUGGUCUUUGAAUGAUUCUUAUAGUUUACAUAAUAUGUCAUCAAUAAAUGUGGACAUUUUUUUUUUAUUGCAUUGCAGUUCUAAAAUGUCUUGUGUUUUGUUUUGUUUUGACCACAUUAACAGAGCAAAGCAUGCAAUUUAAACCUUACAAUUUUACUCAGACUUUUGAUGAACAUAAGUACAAAGUAAGAUUAUCUUCCAUUGUUCCUUGUUUCAGUUUGUUUGAAAAAUCCUCCAUCUCUGACGGGGAGGGGGGGGGGGGAUAUUUUAUUUUUUCUAUCAUCUGAUUACUUUGAUUCACCCCUUUAAAAAUCUUUUGUCAAAGUCUUUACAUCAAAGUCUGCAAUAAUGGCCAGGGUGCUCCUUAAAACUGGGGGGAAAUGAUUUAAUCAGACGCAAACAAUAUGUGUCAAUAAAAUAAUAUAAGCCCAGCUUUAAUUAUGAUUAUACAGAAUACAAAUGUGAACGUUUUAGCAAAUGCCUUCAUCAGUUAAAAAAAUAGCAACAAAAAAACCAAUUAUAUAAGUAUAAAUUAAAUUUACAUAAUAUAUAUAUUUAUACAUGUAUCCUACCUAAAAAUGAUAGAAAAGAGUGGGCACUGAUCUCAGCAAGACUCAUGUUUGAAAAAUGAUUUGCAUGAACUUUGUUAUGAAGGCCAACAUUAUGAUUUGAUUAGUGGUUCUCAAUUCUUUGUUUUUCUUUCAGUCACAGUGCUCCAUGAAUUAUCACCUUUUAUUUUAAGAUCAAGUUAAAUUAAAUUUGAUCUUUCAUGAACAUAUUAAAAAAAAAAAGAAACUUUUGCACCCAAAAUCACUUUUUUUUUAAAAAGGUUAAAUUCCUCUUUUUUUUUUUUUACACUCAGUUUGUUUUGGGUUUUCUUUGUCUUCAUUUGUUACCUUUGACCAAUAUCAAAAUCCAUAAUGGCUUACUUUGAAUUAUUGUUCUGUUUUUAAAAAUGCUUUAUUUUGUUUAAAAAAAAAAAGAAUCUUUUGCUCCCUAAAUUAUUUUUUUUUUAAAAAGGUUAAAUUCCUCUUUUUUUUUUUUUACACUCAGUUUGUGUUGGGUUUUCUUUGUCAUCAUUUGUUACCUUUGACCAAUAUCAAAAUCCAUAAUGGCUUACUUUGAAUUAUGGUUCUGGUUUUAAAAAUGCUUUAUUUUGUGCCUAAACUUGAAUUGAAAUAAUUUAUAUUGUUUUUGAAGGAAAGAAAAUAGUUUAAGAAAAUAGUUUAAGAAAUACAAAUUCAAUGAGACGCUUACUUGAGAACCACUGUAUUUUUUUGGUAUAUUUUGUUACAUGCUAAAUGUUUUUCUAUGCCCAAAUGUUGUAAUGUAAAAAUUUAAUUUCAAAAUAAACAAAACAAGCCAGGUGAACUCUUUAAAAAAAAUUUCAUGUCAAGGAAUAUUUUAUUGUGUCAAUGCCAGGGUUAAGUGACUUUGUCCAUUUCAACUCUUAGUUCUUAUGUUUGACCUAACACUGAUUUGUCUCAUUCUGACUAAACUUAUUUCAUCGUAGUUUCAUUUUAAUUUGGCCAUUUCUCAGAUCGGCUUCUGUAACAGGAAUAUUUUAACACCCAAUUUUCAGUCAUAGAAUGUUUGACAUCUCACGUUUGAAAAAAGUAAAUCUUGAUUUACACUUGUCACAGUGGCAUGCUCUCCCUUAUCCCAUCUUCUGAAGUCCUCUCAACAUUUCUCCAUUUGUCCGGCCAACCUUUUUAACUGUUACACUGUCCUUGUGUCCACAGGUCCUGUCUGCAGCCACAGUUGUCGCCAAACACACUUCAUCUCUUUGUAACUCUUGUAGACUGGCAUCUUCGAAAACCGCCAACCCUGUUGCCAAAAGGCACUUUGUGCAGAGUGCAAAAGAUGUUGCCAACAGUACAGCUAGUUUGGUCAAAGCCAUCAAGGUCGGUGCACCUGGAAUAAUGAAUCAAAUAUUGGCUGUUGAUGUUAUAAAGUGUAAAAAUAAAAUAGCAUCUUGGAGACUUCCUUUUAACCCUUUACGGGGCAGAGGUACUUCCUCUUGCAUGUCCUGAAGGGGCACCACUUUUCCAUUUUUUAGUAAGAUUUAGGGCUAUGUUACCAAAAAAAUAAAAUCUAAGGUGUUAGUCAACAAAUUUGUGUGAAAUAUAAAGCAAAAUAAAGGAAAAUGAAUGCAGAUUUAUUAUUGAACUCACAUGUUGCCAUUAAUCCUCAUAUGAACACAAAUAUUUGCAAAAAACAACAUAUUGUUUGUGAUUGUGAGUCAUCUAUUUACUAUUGACAAACACUGCCACAAAAUCGAAGUUUUUAAAAUUCAACACUGCUUACUAGGCUGAUUUCACUAAUAUUACUAAUAAUAAUAAUAUCUAGUUCCAAUUUACAGUCAAUUCGUGUACUUAAAUGUCACUUAAAUUGAAUCCAUAGUAAUCUCCGCAAUAACUUGAAUAAUAGGCAAAUAAUCGGAAAAUCCAUUUCGAAAAUUUUUUUUUUAAACCCCUAAAACUACAAAAAAAAAUCUAUUAAAUACUUGUAACUGGCGCCUACUCUAUUUAGCUAUCAGAAAACUGUAUGUAAACAAUAGGAAGUCUCGCAAUGCCUCGGAGGUCACGAGAAAACAACUCUUAUGUCGUCACUGACGCUUUUGGGCGUUUUGCCCUUUAAAUGGUAAAGACGUUUUCGGCCGCUCUGCGCCGUAAAGAGUUAAGGUUAAAAAAAAAAUUAAGUUGUAUUCAACUGAAAACCUGUUAUUCUGAACCAAGUAUCCAUGGUACAUGCAUUCGUACAAAUUUCUGACGGGCCGAGCUAUUUGUUUUUUAUAACCCAGCUAGUAAAGCAGCGGGUGGUGCGCCUUGUCUCCUGGUCAGUACUGUAUAACAACUUCAUAGUGUCAAAAGCUUUUACAGAGAUGAUUACAUUUUUUUUUCAAAAGCUACCAUUGACAAGGGUAAUACUUGGCUUCACAGUGGGGCUAAAGGGAAUGAGGGGGUGGGGAGAUGGGGUUUCAGAACCACUGGUAUAGACAGUGUUGUAGAGUAAGUCUCUACAUUCAAGGGAUAUUAAACUGAUGGAUGAAAUCAAGAAAGAAAAUCAAUUGAUCAUUUAACUAUUUGUGUUAGAGGAUUUUGUUAAUUUUUUUAACAAUUUAUGCAAGAGGGUCAUGGUCUUGUUAACAACAUUGAUUUGAUAUCAUCAGAAAUCCACUCUAAAAGUGUUGCUAAUACAAACAUUAUUUUUGUGUGUGCUCAUUGGCUAUAAAUCCAAGAAAAUAAUGAGCCACAGCUCCUCAUCUUGUCACUAUUUCUUCAGCUGCAUAGCUGAUAUCUGGUGCCAUAUUUAGGAAAUAUUUCUUAUUCAAGUCAAGAAAAGUCAGAAGUAAAUGAUUACUUGCUGAUUUAAUAUUCAGCUGCAAACAAAAAGCAGAAAAAAGUUGACCAUAAAUUUUCAUGGUAAUUUAUUCAUACAUUAUUAAUUUACUAAAGAUUUUACUAAAGGUUUUCUUGUACAAUUAAGUGAUAACAUUGAUGAAAUGUCUGCAGGCUCUAGACAGUGAUUUCACAGAAGAAAACAGACAGAAAUGUGCCGAGGCUGCACGACCACUGAUCAACGCGGUUGAUGAACUGACGACGUUUGCCUCGUCCCCAGAGUUUGCCAGUAAACCUGCCAAAAUCAGUGCCCAGGUAAGGCAUCUUGGCUUGAUAUUGGAGGGGAGCAAGGAAGGCACUCAUUCAAUCCUAUCAUCUUACAAAAUGUUUGUCAUUGAAAACAAUGCAUCUUGUUAACUGGAUCUAGAGAAAUGCCUUGCCUCUCUUGAAAUAUUAUUCAAAUGAUCUUUCUUCUGAAUGAACUUGAUUCUACACUUCUUGUUAAGACACCAUCCCUGGAAGAGACUUCUGAUAUCUCUUUGAUGGAUGCUUUAUGCUAUAAACAGAUAUUUGUUUUUUUAAAAUUAAAAUACAUCACAUUGGCUUUUUUUUUCUUUUCAAUGGUCAUUCUAAUGGAACCAUUUGAUAUGAUUCAUGUAAACACAUAUAUUCCUAGCAGAGUGAAGCAUUUAUACGGUGCCUCACCAAAAUGAACAUUGUAAAUUCAGUAAAAUGUCUGUCAUCCAGCCACGACUAUUGUAUCCCCUUGCAGGCUCGCCAGGCACAAGAGCCCAUCACCCAAUCUGGCAAGGCCAUGAUAGAGGGAGCAUGCAAUAUGUUGCAGGCAGCCAAGCAGCUGGCAGUCAACCCCAAGGACCCUCAAACCUAUCAGAUUUACUCUUUCCACUCCAAGAGUGUAUCGGAGGCCAUCAAGAGACUGGUGUCAUCCAUCAAGUAAGUGGAUUUUGUCCUCCUUACUGUCAUAUUUCUUUACUGAUUUAUUUCAAACCCUGGAAUUCCUUGACAUGGCCACUAAAUAUAUAAAUGUGUCUUUUCUGGUUCCUGCAUUUGAUGGAAACAUUAUCCUUACUGUGCUAGUCAUAGUUUCAAUAAUUUAAAAAAAGUUCAAAUGCUAUAAUAAAUGACAAUUUUUUUUUUAUGUCAAAGAUUAAAGUGAACUUUUUGUGCUUAAGCUCACCAUCACUAAGGAUAUGACCAAAACAUGGAGAACUAAUGGUUGUUUAGACAUAAAUCCUGAUAAAAUGUUUGUUUAAUCUCAUUGUCCUCAUACAAAGCCUUAUUGUACAUUAGUGUCAAUUUGUCUGUUGCAUUGCUAGAUCACAUAUUUCUUUCAAGUCUUGCUCCUCCUUAACUUCAAGGGUUAAAACAUGCUUAAAGUGCAACUUUUUUUUUUUUGCUGCAUAGGGACAUGGCCCCUGGCCAACAUGAGUGUGACAACGCCAUUGAACACCUGAACUUGACCAUCCGAGACCUGGACCAAGCAUCACUGGCCGCCAUUAGCCAGAACCUCAAGCCUCGAGAUGAAAAGUCUUUGAAGGUAAGGCGACCCACCACGGUAAUUACAUAUGCAUUCGUGUAUGAUGUUUACAUAUUGAAGCCUGAAAAAUACAUCUCCCAUAAUGGUCAGGAUGUUUUUUUCUAUUUUUAAAAUAUUUUUUUCUAAAACCUUUUAGUGGAAUGUAUGAGGGUUGAUUGUGCUAAUAGAGUUGUGCUAUUAGAGUGCAUUAUGAUUGUGCUAUUAGAAUGCAUUAUUCAGAGAUAUGUUUUCUCUUCUCUUAGGCAUACCAAGAACAAAUGAUCAACAGCGCCAGAGAAAUAUUAGACCGAGUAGAUCUAAUCAGACAGGCUGCCAAAGAGGAGCCUCAGAACUUGGGACAUUUGGUGAGAAUUUCAACUUGAGUGACUUGUAGGUCUUAGUACCGCGUAUUUUAUAAUCUCUGAUUAAUAUAUUUGAGAUAUGUGCGUGUUUGAAUUUCUGGAAUAUCGCUCCUCAGUUUUCUUUCUGCAACUUUUCUAAUCACCAGAUAUCAACAGUUUCUUCCUACUUUGAACCUCUUACAAGAUCUGCCAUCGGCAGUGCCAGCAAGACAGUCAACUCCAAACAACAGAUGAACAUUCUUGACCUGACUAAAACUGUUGCAGAGUCGGCCUUACAGUUUAUGUAUGCCUGUAAAGAAGGGGGAGGGAAUCCUAAAGUGAGUCCAAAGUUUUAUUAUUGCUCAUAUUGUAAAGGUAAUUGUCCCAAAUGUCUGUGUGCAAUUUUAACAAUUGUACAAAAUAGCAAAUUAUUUAUGAAAAAUUUUGUAACCUCUCACUGCACAAAGUUUGCACACCUCUGAUUUGGUGUAAUACUUCUAUCCAUCCCUGUGGCGCUUCAGCCCAUGGAGGACUUUGGCCACCCUCACCACUUCCUUCCAUUGAGACCUAGCUAAUGCUUUUCUUUUCCAUGUUUGGAUUCCCAAUUGCUGUAGAUCUUGUUCCACAUCAUCCAUCCAUCUAAGCCUAGGUCUGCCUUUGAGCCUUUCUACUGAAUAAAAAUAACUGCAAUCAUAAUUGUCUUUCAAUAGGCCAUCCACACUCACGGUCCCAUCGACAGUGCUGCAGAUGAUAUGAAGGACGUCCUGCAGGACUUGCUGCAGACCAUGGAGGAAGCUGCCUCACAGUCUGGAGUUGUCAACAGCAUGAUCGACACCAUUACUAAAUCCAUUGCCAGGGUAGGAGCAAUAGCAAGGAUAGUUUAACCUGCUGGGUCCCUUAAUCUUAUUUCUCUUCAGUCACACAGUCGACAUGGAACUACCCGAGUCUUACUUGCACAAAGAGAGAUCACAAUGAAACCUCUACAGUGAAACUAGACCUGUGUUCUGUUGAAGAUUUUUAUGCUAGACCUGUGUUCUGUUGAAGAUUUUUAUGCUGGGGUUGUGACGUUCUGACAAACUAAUAACAGCCACAAGUAGAUUCAUUGAAGAAGCUGCAUCAACUCUUUGACAAGGCUUUUAAUUAAUAAAACAGAUGUGCUAAACCCCAAUCUUUAAUUAACUUAUUGCAGUUCAGGACCAUUCCCUCCAUAGAAACCAAUCUUAUCAUGAAUACAAUCAUCACAUAAUGAAACUAGCAUUAUGACACAAUUAAAAUUGUUCAGUAAAAAAGAGGGAACUACAAAGAUUUUGCACUUUAAGCAUAUCUUUUAGUAUCUAGUCACCUGAAAUAACUUUUUUAAGCUCUUUCUUCACAUUUCUGUUAUUCCAGACGGAUGAACGCCAGAUUGACAGAAUGUCCAUCAUAGAAAACCUUUCCUUUGUCGACCACCAAACUAACAUGGUCAGACUGGCAAAACAGAUAGCAAGGACAGCCCAAGAUAUGGUAGGACAAUUAUUUCAAGACAAUUCAAGACAAAGAUUUGUCCUAAUUAUAAAUGUUUAUACUUAUAUCAUUGAAAUAAAAAAAGAUUUAUUUAUUUUUUUUAUGUUGUAAAUUUUGAAGUGAUAUCUGUUAAAAGUUGAAAAAAAUUUUUUUUUUUAAAACCUUUUUGUUUAAUUUUGUGGGAAUGUUGUCUUAUUUUUUCAUGAAUGUUGUCUAUUAGUUCUAUAGUGUUGUCUAUUUGUUUAUUUGUUUCAACUUGUACAGAGUUAUUUUUAAUCAACUUCCCUCCAAAAUGUAAAAAAGCUGAAUUUAAUACACUGCUUAGUCUUGCAAGUCCUUUUAAUCUUUAUAAUUUUGGGGAAUCCAUAAAUGACCAAUACAUUAUAAAAAAAAAUAUAGAUAUUUUAAUUUUUGAAAAAUGUAAAGGAAAUUUUGUGCAAGCAGAGAUCCUAUCAUUGUCUAAACAUAAAUCAUAUAUUUCGUUCUAUUGUAACUGUUAAUACCAAAGGUUUCAUGUUGAUAGGGCCUUUGAUAAGGUCAAGUUGAACAGCUGAACGAAAUUAAUAACAACUAACCUAUUCGUCCAACAGAUUGGUAAAUCAACAACCAAUGUCGGCCAGCUGGGUGUGCUGGCUAACCAACUGACCAGAGACUAUGCAGCCCUGGCCAGUGCUUCUUUAGGUGCUACACAAGCUGCCAACAACUUAGAGGUAAGACUGCACUUUGUUUAUUUGGCUAGCACAACAAAGAAAAGCCUCUUUAAUUACUUUAUUUUUUUUUUAAUGUAAGAUAAAGAAAACACAAAAACGCCUAUGAAACUGAUGUGCACUAUAAAUUUGUGGCUUCUAAAACUUCGAGUGUGAUAAACCAGCAAGAAGUUGUGUCCAUAGAAUCAGUUGAAAGCAUUUCCCUGUUAAUUUAUUAUUUUAAUAUUUUUUUUAUUUUAUUUUAUUUUAUUUGUCUCCUUUGGUGGAUUUGCAUCUCAGAGCUCAUAGACCAUUGAGUUGCCAUGUGUAAUCCAUCACUUUGAGAAGCACUGAUUUUUUAAGUGAUCACCCUAUGGUGAAUUACUUUUCAAAUACUUCAGAGUGCAUGUAAAUUAUAAAAUAAAUUGUCCCGUAUGUGAACAGAUUGGUAACAGAAUCAGGUCAACCGUCCAAGACCUGGGAAAAUCCUGUGUUGAGUUGGUACAAGAUGCCGGCAAUCUCCAGGGUAACCCAACAGAUCAGUACACACAGAAGGAACUCAGUGACCAUGCAAAGAGUGUGCAAGAAAAAGUAAGUGGAUGCUUGUAGGGUUUGAAUGAACGGUGACCUAGUUGUUAUUUAAUUUUUGUAAGCAUGAUGUUUGACAGCCAAGUCCUCAUCUCAUGCCAAGUUGGGUGCUAUUUCUCUUUUAUGUUGGUUGAGUUUUUUUUAUUUAUUCAGGGUUUGCCAACCCCACCCCCAUGUGCCAACCCCCAAGGGCCACCUCCACCACCAAGUGCCACUGCCACCCCAAGUGCCACCCCCACAAUCACCCCCAAGUGCCAUAUAUCAAAUACCUAGUUCUAUCUUGCUGAUGUUAAUUAGUGUGUGCAGAUUUGACAUGGUGUUGCUAUCUUAAACAUUGAAUCUUGCAUCCAUUUUUAUGUUUUAGAUGAUAUUUUUUCAUGCCUCGAUGAAUUACUAUAACUAUAAUAUGUCUUUUUGUUUCACCAGGUAGCCUAUGUACUUGCGGCCUUACAAGCAGGUGCCCGUGGAACUCAGGCCUGUAUCAAUGCCGCCAGUACAGUGAGCGGUAUUAUAGGAGACCUGGACACCACCAUCAUGUUUGCCUCGGCUGGAACUCUCAAUGAUGAAGGUUCAGAGUCAUUUGCUGACCAGAGGUCAGUUAACUUUUUAUUUUAUAUAAGUUCCAAUAGUUUCUUUAAAUAUAAUAGACUUGAUGUAAAAAAAUUAAGAGCAUAGGCAAAUAUUACAUUAUGAAUCGUAACAAGUUCAAGUCUUUUACCAUGGAUUAUGCAAGCUGGCAUGGCCGGCUCACUUUUGGAGCAAAAUCCUCAGAGUAUAAGCACACCGCUCACGCCCAAAGAAAGCACAUGGCAAGAAAAAAGCAAAGUCAAUUCAAAUUCUACAAGGACCCAAAACAAUGUGUCCCACAUGCGGGGAAGCUUUCCAGGUGCAUGUGGGACUUGCAGUAUAGUUUUUUUUAAGCAUUUAUUAGCAAUAUAUAUAGUUUAUAAUGCAGACUUAAAAUAACUUAACUUGUAAAUAACUCUACCGAGAAUUAUUAUCAAAACAGUCACUAUUCUGUUGUCGUAGUCAUAAGUAGUUUCUUGUUCAUCACAUAAUUACAUUUUGUAUCUUAUUCUAGGGAGAAUAUUCUCAAGACGGCCAAAGCCCUGGUGGAGGACACCAAAACUCUUGUUGCUGGUGCUGCAUCCAAUCAGGAGCAGCUCGCAGCAGCUGCCCAGUGCGCUGUGAAAACAAUCACUCGAUUGGCCGACGUGGUCAAACUUGGCGCAGCAUCUCUUGGAUCUGAACAGCCAGAGGCCCAGGUAAGUGUCUCCAUCAUAGUGUGCACAUUUCCAUAGAUAUGUUAAGUUAAACAGAAAAUUAUCUGACAUCAGACAUUUUACAAAAUAAUAAGAAAAGAAUAUUAGUUGUUGGGCUUUACUAAUGGCUAAUCGUUGUGAAAUAACUACAAGUUUACAAGAAGUAAGAAAAGAAUUAAAUAUAAAUUUACAUAGACUUUUAUGCAUUAUUGAGAGAUACUGUAUCUAACAUGUAAAAAAAAACAAAAAAAAACUAUUUAGGCAAAUUAAAUAAUGGUGGCUAUAAAAAGUUCUGCAAUUUGUUUUGUAUAGUAAAAUAAACAAAUAAAAAAAAAGCAUCAACCAUUUAAGACAUCUAAAUAAUUACUUUUUAUCUAAAGGGAUUAUAAUUUUUGUUUCUUUAGUUUUAACUUCCCUCUUCACCUUAAAGUUAUGCAUUGGUAUUUUAUUGUUUGAGUUUCAUAUAUACUGUGUGAAUUUUACGUGAGUAGGGAUAUGCCGCCUUUAGAGUUUUGGUAUCUUUUUUUUUAUCUCUACUUUUUUUUUUGGUCUCCAUUUUUCUUGCAUUUUGUUUUGAUAGUUUUCUUCAUCUUUUGUUAAUUGUUAGGUUGAGUAGUUGUUAUUUUGAGCGUGGUGGUGUGGGCUGUUUGGCCCAACUGAUGGAAUUAACGUUGUUUCUAGAAAUAGAGAUUUGAACUAAAGGAAAUGAAAUGUGCAUAUGGAUCAUAUAAUUUAGCUAUUUUUAGUACAUUACAGAGUUAUGUACAGAUAAUGCGAAUUACCUAAACUAUUAAAAAGGGUGUUUACACAACUGAACUAAAAGUUUCUGUAGUGACUGAAUUAAAAAAACUCACCAGCUGUCCCCGCUGUUGUUUACUUUUCCUCUUUUUACUGUUACCAUUCAACCUGUUUAGAAAGAAGAAAAAAAAUCUGUAAUCUUUACAGUUUCGAAGGGUAGUGUUGUGUGCUGAACAUGUAUUCUUACCUUAGGUGAUUACCCCGCAUGUCUUUUGUUAACCAAUUUCCUUUCUGUCCAUCACCCCACCUGUGUCACGAACAGGUUCUGCUGAUCAACGCUGUCAAAGAUGUGGCCUCCGCAUUGUCAGAUCUUAUCAGUGCCACCAAGAACGCCUCAGGCAAGAGUGUCAACGACCCUGCCAUGCUAGCACUGAAAGACUCGGCCAAGGUAAGUCUUGAAUGCUCUCAUCAUUCUGUUUCUACUGUCACAAAAAAAAACGCUCACUUUAGAAAAAAUUUUAUCUGACAUUCAAGAAAUUUUUAUAAUCAUGAAAGUAGUAAAGAAAUCAUACAUCGACAUUUAAUUUUGACUUUCAGUUUUUUACAAAUAAAUUAUUAUUUCCCACUGGGACUUUACAAUAAAUGCAAAUUUCUACAUCAGCACGACAGUGUAAUUUGGUAUAAAUCAUCAAAAAACAUCAACAGUUUCUCACCACCAUUUUCUACUUACUGUUUUCAUUCCUUUAUUUAGCUCUAGGAGCUUUGCAUUUUUCACAUCAAACAAGUGAUUUAUUAUUGGACAUUAAAUUUUUUAAUUAAAAAUCAGGAUUUACGUGGCCUGAUGUUUCCUGAGUGAACUAAUCUGUAUUUAUUCCGAGAACUCCAGCCAUUGUUGCGUAAAUGAAAUUUACAACCAAAAAAAAAAAAAUGAAAUAAUCAUUCGUAAAGUAUAUUUAAUUAGGCACAUCCUAUUUUGAGUGACUUUCUUGAAAAAUGCAAACUCUUGAAGUUAUAAUUAUUUAGUGAAUAUAGUUAAAUGCACAUGGCAAUAGGCUUUAUGUAAUUGCUAGACUGCUGGAGUUUUGUAGGAAACUUAAUAGGAUACUUCAGGCUAUUUUUGGGCAGGAUUUAUAUUUGUCAUACUGUUUCUCUUUCCCUUGUUUUCAUCAAUAAAAUAUAGCAGAUAUUGAAAAUUAAUUAAACUAUUCACAGAAAUGUUGAAAAUAAAUUUUAUUCAUAAGAAAAUGAUAAAUCAAUUUACACUUAUAAAUUAUUAUUGCUUAAAUAGAAAUAAAGAAAAACAGUUUAAAAGCAUGAAGCUCUAACCCCACCUAACUAUGUCAGCAAACCUUGACAGUGUUGUUUUUCUUCUUGAGAAUUUUGUAGUAGAGAGUUUGUGCACAUCAAAGGAAACAAAAUGAUUGCAGUGAAUGAUUACAUUUAUACAACUUUUUGUAUAUUUUGUAUAUUUAUGUUGUCUCGGGGCAGUAACUAUCUACUUGUGACAAAAAAGAAAAAAAAAAGACAAUAAUUUUUUAACGUCAUUUAUUACAACCUGGCAUCUUAUCAUGUGCAUUUAAUUAUGUUCUGUUACCCUUAAGUAAUCCUAAUUGAUCGUAUAACCACCUAGACCAAAUAGAUUUUCAAUGGUGACUGAGCUUACUUAAGUCAUAAAAUUCUGGCAAUUUAAAGAGAAGUAACUGAAUAUUGUGGAUAAAUUACUUUGAUGUGUCACAACCAACUAGAAGCACAAGCACAUUUACUGUUGUUGUUGUUGUUAUCAUUUGGGGGCGGGGGCGGGGUGCUGCAUUAUUUAUUUUAUGUCUGUUGCUUUUUUUUGUCACCUUGUAUAUACUUGUGUGAUGGCCUUGACCUUGACCCUGUAGUCUCCUAGUCAUCAUCAUCUGGUGGCAUAUAGGUAGCUCUUAUACAGAUACAAGAUUAUUAUUUUCUUUUAUUUAUUUGUAUUGGAUUUCUCUCUUUCCCUUCCCUACCAUUUAUGUCAUGUGUGGAAAGGUUUCUCAGUCAUUUUAUAUCUGACAAUUAUGUAGUUUCCAGUAAUAGAUUUCUUCACAAAAAUCACUUUAUUCUAUGCAUACCACCAGUGGAAGAGCCAUGAAAAACAAAAAGCAACAGGAAGGGCAUUUAAUAUAAUUUUCUGAUGGAUCACUUACCAGGUGUUCCUAAGCAACCAGAAGGGCAAAUACUAUAAUUUUCUGAUGGACCACUUACCAGGUGUUCCUAAGCAACAGGAAGGGCAUAUAAUAUAAUUUUCUGAUGGAUCACUUACCGUAUAUCAUAGACAUUUACGGCAUUUAAAAAAUGUCUAAGAAAUAUUACCCCGAUUGACCGGCUACUUCAUGCCAUGGUGGUGACAUGGAGACAGGAUUCCUGUGGUGAGUCUGCUGACAUGUUAUUUUAAUUUAAAUGUUGACAAAAAAAAGUUUUGAAAUUCAAGACCUAGUUUUAAAAUGCCAUCAACAGUAUAAAAUUGACAAUUACAUCACAUGAAGAUACUGAAUGAGGAUAGAAAGUAAAGCCACCUGCAUGUCUGUGAUAACAACAUGAUUUCUAGCUUUAUUAAUGCCCAUGUUCUGGUGUACACAGAGUGAAAAUCAGCUGAUGGAAUCAGCCAAACACGCCACAAUACCUACUUUAUAAUGAAUUUUAAAAAAAAUGUUGUUUUUUUAACUUGCUGUGUACAAGUCUGUGGCCAGAUUUUUUUGAUGACUCAUUAAAAGCAGAUAAAUAGAUAUUUUCGUGGGCCCUUCUUUUAAAAAAAAAAGAACUUUAAAAAGUGUACACAGUAUUUUACUUCAAUUUUGCUUAUAAAAGGUUUUUUCAACCACCAUUUAUUUUGUAUGUGCAUUAAUUGCAAAAAAUCAUACAACGGCAACUAAUAAUCAAUGGAAAUAAAUCAAUGAAACCUCCCUGAUCUAGAUCCCUUUCAUAUAUUUAAAUGUUUUUCCAUAGGGUUUGCAUGUCAUGCAGGGCUUUGGAAAUCAGUGUUUUGACUUAAGGAGGUUGGCAUGCAUGGUAACAACUAACACUAACUAAAUCUGUGCAACAAAUUCUCAUUGUUUUAUCAGUAAUUAUUACUAAUAACUAGGCUACCGCCACAGCUAAACUGUGAUAACUUUAAAAAAAAAAAUUAUAAUAAAAUAAUGUUAAAUAGUUUUUAUCAUUAAUAAGGCCAUAAGAAAUUGAGAAAAAAAAAAUUAAUUAAUUACCUCCCUCUCCACGCCUCAAAAAUUAGAUAAAAAGUAGAACAUAUGUAUGUAUCUGUAAAAUCACCUAGACAAUUCUCCAGGUGUACUGACGCAUGAACAUUAUGUUCUGGAAUCAUCUUUUCAGGCGAGACGGCAGCUGAAUCCAACAGAAGUGCGGUAUUUAUGCGCUAUACCAGCAUGCACCUAGCAAGUUUGCCUUUGGAUUAUCACUAACACUUGGCUGACCAUUCGACUUUAGCUUGUGAACUAUUUGAUCGGGUCUACCCAAACUGACGUUAAGUCAGACACAUCCUUGUUUUCAACUUUCGACAACAUUUUUCGAAGAAAAAUUAUGUUUUUAAAAAAAACAACUAAUUGCUAGAGCAGUAGAUUAGUUCUGCCCCUUGUCGUCACAUUCAUCUAAACAAUUUUCCAAAGUAGUGUAAAUAAUAAAAUUGAUUUUUUUGUUGUUGUAAGUUUUAAAAAAAAAAUUCAUUUAAAUAUGACUUCAAACAACUGUCAUUAAAAUUCUAAGAUUUCUAUUGUAAAUGGUUGAUGCUUUUGUUAAUAUAAAUGAAGAAGAUAGAGUUUUCAGUUUAGCUUGUGCACAGCUGAGUCUCUGUAUUACAUUCAUAAAUGCUGUAGACAUUUGUUGUAGGGGGAAACAGUUAAGUCCUAAUAUUGUUUUGUGCUUCUCACUUCACCAAGGAAAAAGGAUUUCAUUUGUAUAGAACAGCAAGGGUUCUACGACUACCAGAGUGCAGGAACUAAGGAGUCUGCCUGGCCUGGCGUCUUUUGAAUAUGACAAAACUGUGAACACAUUAUAAUACAAGUAGCUUUUUAACCUAGAGAUCUCCAUUGUGUGGUGCCAUCUAUAUGUUGUGUUAUCUCAUUAAGUCGGUGAUCACAUCCUGCCUGUUCAUUUGACAUUUCAUAGUGGUGUAUACAAGUAAUUCAUAAAACCUGUAUCUUAACUAUCAGUAUUUACUAUUACAAUUGCUAUUCUGUAUUUAUGCUUAUUACAAUAUACCAUGACACAAAUAUUCGCUGCUGAAAUUGAGAUGUCAUCUGGUCUCUCGUUUAAAUCAAAUCGCUGAGUAGCCCUUGCAAACAGUGAAGUAACCCCUCUGAAAAAUAGGAGCCAGAAUGAUCAAUAAAUUGAUCGUGGGCCCUCAAAAUUUAGAAGAAGAAGAGAAGAAGAGCAAUAAGAAAAAAACUUUUCAAAAAUACUCAGGCAAAAUUUUCUCCAGUCUGUGAAUGGUUGAUACUAUGCUCUGUGUCUUUUAAGUUCUUUUAUAUCAAAGUAAGAUUUCUUAGAGACAACCAGAUCUCCAAAGCUAGAAUAAACUUCUUAUAAAAAAAUAAAGCACAUGCAUAAGGCUUCACAGAAAGGAGAGCACCUAAUACAUUUUUAAUUGUUGGAUUGCACGGUUUAUUGUAGAUCCUGUUCAAUUUCAAUAUGGUGCAAAACUGCAAAUUGUGCAGCUCAACCAAUUUCCACCAAAAAGUGGCCCCCCUUAAAAAUGAAAAAAACUACACAUUUACGUUUACAAUAAUAAAAAUAACAUAUUAAUAAUCAAGGCUUAGGUUAUGAAAUGUAGAUGGUGACACCUAAAUUUUUUUUUUUAGGGCGUUCUAAUGUCUUAAUCCGCCAGGCCUGUUUCUCUCUGCCGGUAAGGCCAGAGUUUCAGAAUCAGUGCAGCAUUUUAUCAGUGCUUACUUUGAAUGAUAUGCUAUAAAUAGAAUACCUCAUCGCCAAUCAUUUUUGUAUACAUCUCAGACAGUAGCUAAAUUAUGUCUCCAUUGAUUAGUCCCCUCACGAAGGACCCUCUGAGGCCCAUCAUUUUAUCUGUUUAUUUAUUUCAAUAUUUAUAUCAUAAUUUUUGUCUGGUAGCUUACAAUUAUGGCUUGUGAUUAAUAAAUAUCAAUUUAACUCAAACUGUCGGCCUUCAUUUCUUUAUAUGAAUAAACAGUCUGUACAUGCUACUGUUUUCUCAUUUUUUUAAAAAAAAGCAUACUUUUAAACAUGGUCUACUUUUGGUCACUUCAAAUAUUUCUUAUGAAAUAUGUACUAUGAACCCACUAAUCAGAUAAGAUGGCUCUAUUUGCCAUUGCUAGUUGCUGAUGUCGAGUCGUUCUUGGAUCCACGCGUAAGUAAACGUGUUACGUGUCGGGUGUUGUUUCUUGUCUGUUUUGUUGACGAUUGUCUUUUGUUGUGGUGCUGCUGCAUAGUUAGUUAGAGGGUAAGCUGUGUUUCAUUCGUCAGUCUGGUGUGCUUCUGCUUCUAGGAACUGAUACAAACACUAGGCCCAAUCAAUGGUUGUAACACAUCAGCUUCCUGGUAUUGGAAUAAAAUUAAUAGUUUUAACGAUGUGCUCAAUUGUAGGUGAUGGUGACCAAUGUCACGUCCUUACUCAAGACUGUCAAGACGGUGGAAGAUGAGGCUGUCAGAGGCACCAGGGCCUUGGAGUCGACCAUUGAAGCCAUUGGACAGGAAAUUAAGGUAAUGAAUUCACAAGUAGCAGCAAGCUACUCUCUAGAACAAUUACUUUUAAAAAAAUCACUAAUAACUCAGGAAUAAGCUAGAUGACACAAUUAUCAUAUCAAAAUACUUUCUUGGGCCUAUAUGAUACAAUAUGAUGCAAGAAUCCAAAUUUUAAAUUAACAUAUUAAGUUUGCAGUUUCAAGUAACACCUAACAUGGUACAACAUACCAAUAAAAAAUAUAUAUACUUAACUUCUCAUUUAGUUUGCACACUGUACACUCUUAAGGAAUACAACAACAAAAACUGAAAAAUACAAAGCUUCAAAAGACUGAAUUUAUAUUUAAUUGUAAAAUUUUUACCCUCAAAACUUACUUGUAUAGAGCUGAAAGCUUUUUAGAUGUUCUGAAAAAAUGAUAGAUAUGAUGGAACUCUAGCCUUGACAACUCUCUUUAGAUAUGAAGGAACUCUAGCCUUGAUAACUUGGCUUUGGCGUGCAUCUCUUGUUUAUUUUAGAACAGGGCGUGGCAUACUUUUAGUAAUAUUAUGCCAAAGUAGGAUUUUUAUUCAUUCAGCCAAUUCAUAAUAGAAUUAGCAACAGGUAUAAAAAUAAUUUAUUAAACAUGAUGGUUCAAUAAUUUUUUUAAAGUAGGGGAGAUAAAAAGUUGACGAGAUUUUAAAAAAAUGGUAUUUCCCAUGCUGAACAUUGUUUUCCUGCAAGUUUAAACCAAAAUUAAAACAGGAAGAUCAUUGAGUGAGGAGUGCCUGAAUUGUUUCUAUAGUCAUUUUUAAUAUAGUAGUUACUAUUCUAGUGUCUCUGGUUUUUCAUUUUUAUUUUACUUUAGCAGUUUAAAUAGGUUACAUGUUUUUAAUAAUUGUAAAGCGCUUAGAGCUGUAAGGUAAGCGCUAUAUAAAAAUGCCUAAAUAAAUAAAAUAAAUAAAUUGAAGAUUUAUGUGCACUCUAACAGAAUAGAAUAAUAUUACAAUGCUCACUGCCUUGUGUCUAUGAUUUCAGGCCUUUGACUGUUCAGAUGACGUCCACAAAAAAGCCAGUGCUGAGGAUCUGAUCAGAUUUGCCAAACCCAUUACAACAGCGACCGCUAAAGCUGUUGCUGCAGGAAACUCUGGGAGACAGGAAGAUGUCAUCAGCACUGCUAACAUGGGCCGCAAGGCCAUCUUUGAUUUACUUGGUGUAGUAAAGGUGAGCUGUUGCUAAUUGAUCUAUUUUAAGCAUAGUUUAAAAUGAAUGGGCAUUCUAUCUUUAAUGAUUUUGCAGUUUGACACCCCUGUAUUUUUCAUCUCAGAUAAAUUCCUUCAUAAUUAUGUCACUGAAAUUGUCUUGAUUCUUACGAACAACUGAAUAGAAACAAAACAAAAUUUAAGCCUAUCACAUCAUUAAUGAUGGAUUCCUGUUCAAAAACUAGACUGUCAAAUAAAAACUGUCAUGAAACAUCAUAUCUCAGAGCUGGCUCUUAGGACAAAAAGAUAUAAUGAGGAGUUCUUCAUCUUGCUUGUUAACCAAAACUUGGCCCUAAAAUAUUUUCACAUCUAGUAUGUUUGAAAUAUAAUAUAACGUUAAGUCAUUGUCACAACUUGGCUGUCAUAGAAACGUCUUAAAACACAUGCAUUCAGUGCCCAGUGUGUGGAUAGGAUUGCAUCUCAGUUCACUGGUGCCAUGCCAAUGAGUAUGCUAAUGAUUUAUGUCUCAUCCAGGGAGCCGCUGCAACAGCCGAGACAUCUGAGAUCAAACGCCGAGCUGUCAAUGCAGGCCGAACAGCUGCCAUGUCAUACAAGGAGCUCUUAGAGAGUGUUCUAUUCGUAAGUAAAUUCUGUUAUCUCGUUCGGUAUGUUCUUACUCUCUGAGCAUUUCUCUUUUUAUCUUUACUCCCCCUUUUCACUUUAACUUCCAAAUGUCCACUUUUCACCCCAUACUUAACACCACAUCCCUAUUUUAUCAACACUCCCUUAUUUUAUCAAUACUCCCUAUUGUAUCAAUAUUACCCUAUUUUACCACUACUACCCUUUUAAACCAAUAUUCCCCUAAUUAAUCAAUAUAAUCCCAUAUUUUAUCAAUACUACCCUAUUUUAUCAAUACUACCCUAUUUUAUCAUUACUCUCCUAUAUAAUUUCCUGCCAUCUUUCCAUCUAUAUCUCUGCUACCAUCUAAAUCUCUGCUACCAUCUAUAUCUCUGUUACGUUACUUUACCAGCAGGUAUUAUUGUGAAACUGACUUGCCCAUGAAAUUACCUUGCAGGUGGUCUUGAAGCCCACACCAGAAGGCAAGCAGAGCCUCUCCUUGAUAUCCCGUAAGGUGGCCAACGCAGUGACAGAACUGGUGCAGUCGGCAGAAGCCAUCAAAGGUAAGCUAGCAGCCAGACCUCACUCUAGCUCUGGGUUGGGAGGAGAUUCAAGUAUCACAUUGUUUACACACAAGCUGUCCACCUGUCUAUACUCAAACUCUCACUCUUGUAGUUGGAACAUACUCUGUUGAACAUUUCAUUCACUGUUGAACAAGACUUUCUCCUUCGAACGUUUCAUUCACUGUUGUACAAGACUCUCUCCUUUGAACAUUUCAUUCACUGUUGAACAACACUUCCUUUGUUGAAAAUUUUAUCCACUGUUGAUCAAGAUUUUCUCUGUUAAACAAGACUUUCUCUUUUUGAACAUUUCAUUCUUUAUUUUUAAUAGACGAAAUUCUCUUUUGAACAAGACAUUCUUUGCUGAAAAAGACACUCUCUGUUGCACAUCACAUUAUUAUCUGGAUAAUUAUUGAUUUUGUGUGAGACUUUUUUUUAAUAGUAAUAUUAGUUUUUUGUUUUUUUUAAUUAAGGAAAACAUUUAUCCUGCAUACAGUGAUGUAAACUAUGUAUAUAUAAGUUGUCCUUUAAUCGCCAUGUAUAUUCUAAGUUUUACCUUUAAUAGCUUUGUAUAUAUCAGUUGUCCUUUAACUUUAAUAGCCAUGUAUAUCUCAGUCAUUCUGUGAGCAUGUUUGACAUUCAUGGUACUGUGUUUCAUGCCUUAAUUUCAAGCUGUUACCCCUAAGGAACCUCUGCUUGGCCUACAAAUAUGUAACAGAAUAACUCGAGGUCUAUGAAGUGUAUAGAGAGAUCCACCAUUAGCAUUUAGACAUAUCCAAGGUUUUGUCAACCGUGUACUGUGGUUUUAGUUUCACAAAAAACUUGAACGUGUCAGUUUCUGUACACACCUUGUCAUUAUCGGCAAACAAAACAACUUCUAAGAGACAGCUAUAAACAUCCUUAUGCUUGCUAAUAAAAUAUCCCUUACUCCAGGGUAUCCAAUUCGAAUUCCCAUAAUCAUUAAUAUAACCUGUCCCUGUAUAGCUAUCUAAACAUUAUUAUUUUUGUGUUGUGCUGUUACACUAUUGAAAUAACACAAUAAACUUAAGAAGUAAUUUUAAAUUGCCAUGACUUAACUGGAGAGCAAUGUUUUAUAAGAAUUUUAUUAUACUGAUUCUCAUUAAACCCCCCAAAAAAUCGACCAACAUUUCAAACCGUCAAAUACAUACGCAUCAAAAUCAUCAUGGCUAUUUUUAUUUUGUUGUUGCUUUCUUUUUGUUUUCACCAUCCAGACAUAUCCUUCAUACCCAUAUAACGUAAUAUAACAGUGGGUAAUUUAUACUUACAUGUGUUCAUUUUUUCAUAAAGAGGAUUGUGUUUUAAAGCGAAAGCAUAUUAUAUUUCAAUCCUUAAAGAUGGUAAAUGCCAACACUGACUUGGGUUACCAAUGGCUAAUGUCUGGUUUACAAUCAUAUGGCUAAUAUGGGUUAAUAAUCAUUUUAAACUAAACAUGAAAUUUCAUCCUAACAAUGAGGAACCCCUGCAGACCCCAUAAAGUCCAAGGAGUGGCAGGGAUAUAGACAUUGUUUGUCUUGUGCCGUGUCGGGGGGGUGUGGGGGGGGGGGGGUGUAAUCAGUGACUUUGUUGUGCAAUAGCUGUUGCAGGAGCUCCCUUUCUUUCCUUAUCAUACAUAAACAUCAUCUUCAAAAUUGUGUUUCAGCCCAAAUCGACGUUUGUUCAUUUUUUGUUAGAAAAGCUGCAAGUCGUAAGUUGGCGGAUUACCAUGGCAACGUCAUGUUAUGGUUUCCAUAGCAACAUCAUACAUAAGCUUGAUUUUUGUUUUGUUUGUUUUUUUUUGUUUUUUUUUGGGACAUGCAAACCAAAUGUUCACCAACCCUCUUUUAUUAUUAUUAUUUUUUUUUAUUAUUAUUAUUAUGUGUGUAUUCUCUUUUCAGACAAGUCUUGUGUUAUGAAAAAAUACAUUGUAGGAAUGUUGAGAGAAAUUCUAGAUUUUGUGAAGGCACCAUAAUAGUGUAUGACAAUAGAACUGACUCUUUCAGUUGGGUUCUUUCUGCUCCUUCUUCAUCAUAGUGUCAUGACCUAAACUCUAUCAUUUCAGUAUCUUGGAGUAUCUUACGAUACACUAACAACUAAUCAUAGAAAAAAAACCAACUAUUUAGCCCAUUUGAACUUAAGACCAGCAAUCCUACUUAACCUAAUUACAAAAAAAACAAUGUUUUCUUUCUAGUUCUGUCUUUCAUAACAAUGAUAGAUUUCUAUUUAGCCAGCAUUACAUCCCCCCCCCCAUCUUUGAACCAUCUACUACGGAUGACCAGCAAACACGCUGCAUCAUGAAUAUUCUUGAUUUGAUGAAUGAUCAUUUAGAUAUGGUUCUUUUUUCAAUACUAAAAUAAAAUAUUUCACUAACCAGGCCUGUGACCAAGAGUUGCAAUGACAAAGCACAUCUUCCUUUCAGAGACUUGUCUAUUGAAUUCUCAUACCAUCUAUAAUCUAUAAUCAGAACAAUUAUAUAAUUUAUUUAUACAACUUAUGUUCCCUCUAAGUUGUAUUUCCACACACGCACACAAAACAGAAAAGAAAGCGCACACACUAAAAUUUAGAGCAUGCAGACAAAUAUUGUUUUAAACAAAUAUUCAAAUUCAUUCAUCACUAGUCAGAAGUCAUGUUAUAUUUACUUAACUGUAUAAGUAAAAUUUUAAAAGUUGUAGAAAAAAAAAAAAAUUUUUGUUUAAUGAACUGUACAUUUAAAUGCCAUUUCAUGAAAAAAAAAAAAAAACUGUUUGAAUUAGCAAUGGUUUGAUUAGUAUAUGGAAAUUUACAGGAAUGAUUUAUUUUGUGUGGCUAAAUCAGUUGUACAUUUUUAUAAAUUUCAUUACCUUGUUCAAAAAAUGUGUUAAAAAUGCUGCACACAUGGUAAAAAAAACAACACGUUAGAGGGAACAUUGUAUUUUCAUUGCGUUUUCAAAGCACAUGUCAAUUAAAUAGAAGGUCCAUUGCAACAGGGAUCUUUAUUAUCCAAAAAGUUUGUCGUAGCAAUGACACAAGACUGCUUGAGCCUGUCACUCAAGAUGUUCUCAGCUGUCAUUUUUUGGUGCUUAUCCUCAUGAGUUACACUUAAAACAAAUAUCUCAAGUCUAAACAGAAUUAUUAAUGAGGUAUUGGAGAAAAGGUCCAAUAAGCCUGUAUUGUAAACCAUGGCAAUAAUAAACACAUUUGAGAGGGGAAAUUUUUUUUUAAAAAUAAUACUCGAUAAAAGUUUUAAUAUAAAAUCCAGAGCAUAUGUAUAUUGUAACAUAAGGCUUCCCAGCACUCAUUUCUCAUAUAUUCCAUCUGUUUGUGUUUAAGUGGUUUUCAUAAACUCUUACAUUUUGUUGUUAUUUUUCCUUCCUCUUUAUUAUUUUUUUUUCUCACCGAAGACUGCCAGCCACGGGUGUUUAGAAGAGGUAUUUUUCUCUCUCUAAUUAUUUGUUGUUUCUGGUUAAUGUUCCUUAGUUGUGUUUUUUUUUUUUUUUUUUUUUUUUUUUUUUUUUAAAUUUUUUUUAAAAUUUUUUUUUUUUUUUUUUUUUUUUUUUUUUUUUUAUUUAUAUUUUUUUAUAAAAAUUUUUUUNAACGAGCUGACUAUGGGGACCCUUUGUUGCACACCGUAUAUGUUAUCAUAUUAGGAUCAAACUUGUAUGAAACCCAUUGGAGACCAAAAAAAAAAACACUUUGGAGGAAACUGAUGUAGAAAUUAACAGUGACAAACAAAAAAAACAACCAAAAAAAAAUGUAACAAACCGAAUUAGAAAUGAACAUCUUUUAUGGUAUUUGCAGAUAUCAUGAUGGCAAAGACAUCUUUUACACUUGUAACACAAACGCCACGAUUUAUGCUAACUAAAUGUACAUUAAAAAUAGUAAAACUUACACGGUUUGAACAAAAAGAUUCUGGAGGAAUAGUAAGGUUACCUUUUGAAUGGUGAAAGAUAAGUUUACCUUUUGAUAGGUGGAAGAAAACAACCUUAGUUUACCUGUUGUAAUGUCAUCUAGAAUUUCUUGCCACUUGUGAUCAGCAUUACGUCAGGCCUUGCCAUUUGUGACUUCUGUUGAAAGAACAUAAAUUUUAAAAAAAAUAAUAAUAAUCCAAGUGGAUAAAAGCCAUCAGCUUAUAGCAGCCCUCCCCUGUCAGUGUUGUUAGUGGCUUGUCACUGUGUCUGGACACCAAGCUUUCUUCACUUAUCCUGCCUGGUUAUUACAAAAAUCGUCAACACUCUUGCAAGUGUCAGUUGUGUCCCUUGUCUGGUAUAAUUUGUAAUUUCAAUUAUUUUUUUGUUUAAAGUUUCAUUGAUAUGUUAUAAUUUAUUUGCUGUCACAACUUUUAUUUCAUGAUUCUAUUUUCUACAAAAGUGGGUGGUGAGUACAAAUUGAGAAAAAAUAAAUUAAUUAAUAAAGUCUUUUAUUAUUUUUUUAUUUUUAAACAUCAAAUUUUCUGGGGUUUUCCUACCUUUUUAUUUUUUGGCAUAUUCAACAAUUUUUCCCCUUGAAUCUUUAUCAUUUCCCCUUGUUUUUAAGUUUGAUAACAUUUGGCUUUUUUUUUUUUUUCCCUCAACAUUUCUUUUUCUUUCUUAAGGACCAACUGGCUUUGUGAAGAUAUUUCCCCCUCGUUGAAUGGAUGCUUUAUGACCUUUCUCUUUAACCCUUUGUUUUUUUAUUUUCUUUUGUUUUUUAUUUUGUUUAAUUUUUUUUUUUUUUUUUUUUUUUCCUCAACAUUUCUUUUUCUUUCUUAAGGACCAACUGGCAUUGUGAAGAUAUUUCCCCCUCGUUGAAUGGAUGCUUUAUGACCUUUCUCUGUAACCCUUUGAUCAGCGUUCUCCUCCAUUCUGUUUCAUGAUGGAACAAUUCUUUUUUGUUUGUUUGAAAAGUUGUUAAGACUGAUUUAAGAUUAUAUGCUGGGGCUGGGCUUGAGCACACCAAUGUUUGACUGUCUGAUGGCCAAGUGCUAGUAGUUAAUCUCAAUUUUUUUUUUCCUUCAUGGUAUGAGAGGUUUAUUUUUUCAUGAGCAAAGAAAAAAAAAAAUUGAUGAAAUAUGUUCGGAGGAAUUUAAGGGUUUGUUUAGUCCUAUUAGCAUCUCUUGCCGGGGGUCCAUAUUUCAAACAAAAAUCCUGAACUAAAUGACUGCUGUUGAUGGUUUAUGUAUAUAUUUUAAAAUACAUUUUACUAUGCUACCGUGAGCGAAAUGGCAAUCACUGUCUCUCCGUGAAGUGUUUAAAACAAAAUUUCUCUAGGUUCUAUAAAUUGGAAUUUUAAUCUUUUAAAAAUUGUUGGUACAUUUAUAUACCAUUUUAAAAUAAGAUGUAAUUGAUUUUUGGAUGUAAAGAAGACAAAAAAACAUAAACAUGGCCACCACCACCAUACUAACAUAAAUGCAAUAACUUGCAAAAUAUUUGGAUAAUUUUAGGCUAAUAUUCUCAACAGCUUGUUGUCCGCAUCGGUCAGAGGGAGCCUCUGGUAAAGUAAACAUCAAAUACCCUUUCAAGCGAAAUGUUUCUUUUCUUCAAGCAGGGUUUUAACCUGCUAAUAGUAGUCUUUUCAGGAGUUCCUUAGUUGUAAGGGCAACGCUCCCGUUAAAGUAAUAACCCACAGGUUGAUGUUUUUUAAAAGUUUAUUUUCCUUCAUUAUCAUUUUAUUAAAGUUUGACCUGACAGAGCAAACAGUCCUAUAUCAUCAAAUUCAUACGACUAUCAAAUGAAUUAUUGAAAGAAUGAAACCAACACACAUAAUGAACUGCUGUUGAGAUUUAUAAUAGGGAGUGCUUGGGGGUGGGAGGGGAGACACGUCAGACUUUAUUCGCGUGUUUUGCCAAGUGUUUUAAUUGAAACUUUGUCAUUGACCCUUGACCCCUUGUUAUGAUCUCAGACACUUUAGAAAUCCGCUGGUCCCAUUGGGUAGCAGGUAAUCCCUUUCAAUUGUUCAUUAGACAGAGGUUCUCAAGACACUCUUCGAUGCAGGGGGGGGGGGGUUCAUUGAGCUUUGAUACCAUGGUAAAAGCAAGAGAAAACACCAUUCUAAGUAUGUUUGACGACUUCAGCUUCCAUGCUUAGAGAUAACACAUUAUGCAAAUUAAUGGACAAAACUGAUGUAUUAUCUUUUUUUAAAUAAAAGAAGCCCAGUAUUUGAGAACCUCUCGUCUAAGCCUAUAGUUGUUCACAUAGUCUCACCAUAUCAGUUUUUCCCCAUCAGUUCCCACUCUAGUCAUUGUUGUACAGUAAUCCAUUCAGUUACCUUCCUUAGAUGUUUUACAGUUAUUGUUCCUAGCAGCAUGGCCCAUCUCUUCCUCGGUUGCUUAUUGUUAGUCAGUGUUUAGUUUAUCUUUUUUUUUAGUUCUCAAUCUUCAGGUCUUAGAAUGAGAUGCACCCUGUAAAACAUAAUUAAUAACUUUAUUAAGGAUAUGCAUUAAGGUAUUUAUGUGAGUUUCUUAUUUCUUUUUCUUUUAAAUUACAAAUUCAGUUGUAUUAAUUUUGUUUUGAUUUGUCAAAUUAAAAAAAUAAAAAUAAUUUUUUUACAAAAAUCAUCAGGGACACUGUUAUAUGUAGGAGAUCUUGUCUGUAUAUGUAGGAGAUCUUGUCUGCCAGUGAUUUGCAGUGCCUGCUCUGCAAAAUACAGGGCAAAUCUGCAAAUAUUUCCUGCUGGCGAGCCUUACUUUUUAAAAACAACACAAUGUUAAUUCAAUAUCUCUAAGCAUUCUGAGUUAAGCAGUUUAGUUUACUGCUCAGUUUCCGGUUAUUUAAAAACAUUUUUUUUAAAAAUUAUGAUUACUAUUGACAACUAAUUCAUGAAAUACUAAUAAACUACACACACUUUUUUAAAAUACCUCUUUGAAGAUAGGCAAUUAUUCUUACCAUUUUCAAUGGUCCACAUUUUUAAAAAGCACGAAAACCACUGUUGAAGUUUGUUCUCCUUAAUUUGAUUGCCUCAUAGAGCUCUUGAUGUGAAACAUUUAAAUGAAAAUGAUUUUUUAAUGAUUAAAUUCAAAUUUAUUUAAUUCUGUUAAUAUUUGGUUCUUUUUUUUUUUUUUGGUUUUAAAGCAUUAAUUGUUUAGUUUCUCCGUACAUGUUUUUUUCCCCUUUGCAUCAGAUUAUGAUAUCACCCUGAUGCCCUGUGCCUUACCAUACAAAGCAUAAACUUGAUAACAAUGAAUGAAUUAGUCAGUUGGUGUUUUUUUAUGUCUUGUCCACAGAACAUGACAUUUCAUGAUUAUUUUGAAAUUAAAUAGCUUCUUAUCUUAGCUCUCUCAGACUCCCACCUAGAGAAACACCAUACCCUAAAGAAAUCCUGCUCUCCCACAUUGAAUAACACUAUAUCCCAGCCAAAUACAACCUUCAAGAAAAUGUGUUUCCCCUUUUUUCAUAAAUUUACCCCCUGAAUGCUGUACUAUAAGUAAAGUAAAAAUUAUUUGAACAUUUACCUCCUUUGUUGACAGGAUUUGAAAAAAAAUCUUUUAUUAACUUUUAUUUUGAACUUGUGGAUUUUGAGUUGUUAUUUUUUUCAAAAAUAACUUCUUAAGCUGUAACUGGUUUAAAACUGGGGUGUCCCCCCCUCCCCCUUUUCAAUCCAUCCCCACCUCUUGCCAUAUUGUUUGCUUAACCAGUGCUGUCCUCUAGUUGGGAACCUUUAAGACUAUCUCUCUGUGUGGUAACAGUUUUUAACCUAACAAUGGUCAUGUUGCGCAUGCUUAGACUAGAGGUUUGCAUGAUCUCUCUCCUCUCUCUCUCUCUCUCAUGUGCUGCUUGUUUUGCCAUCAUUGAUGCAAGUAAUAGCCUCUAAAUAAGUCAGUCCAAUAUUUAACAGUGGAACCAAUGAAGACCUUAGUUUUGUUCCAUUUUUUUUUUUUCAAUUACAGGAACUGAAUCAAAGUAAAUCAAUUAUUCAGAGCUAUUCUGAAGUAUUUCAAAUAGGAUUGGAUUCCAUGUCGUUAUUAUUUUUUUCUAAAUAUGUUUCUAAAUCUUAAAGAUCAUAAUGUUUAUUUCAAUAUUCCUGAAACUUAAUUAAAGUUGAGUUAUGUUUCCUGUCUAGUCAAUGACCAGGUGGGGGGCUGUAGGGUCAGCAUAGCUUUAUGGGAAAUGUUGUGUUGAUGAGUCUGUGCAUCACCCACCAAAUGAGCCGUGGUGCUGGUGUAUUCAUCAACUUAGAGACAAGCCUGCCACAAAACUUUGAUUUUGGACGUUAAAAAAAGAAAAAAAAAAAGGCUAAACAAAAAUCUAGUUGUUAAAAAAAAAAAAAUUAUUCAAAUUUGAUUUUUUACAAUUUAAAAAAAAAAACUGAAUACACCUGGUUGCCAAUUUUUUUUAAAACUUUGAUUUUGAAAGUAAAAAAAAAAAAAAAAAAAAGGCUAAACAAAAAUCUAGUUGUUAAAAAAAAAAAAAUUAUUCAAAUUUGAUUUUUUACAAUUUAAAAAAAAAAACUGAAUACACCUGGUUGCCAAUUCUUUUGUCUAAUCCAAUAUCUAUUGAGCAGCCAAGACUUAAGCAAGGAGACUAUCCAGGAUUAACACACAAGCAACAUGUCUCAUUUUAUGGGUGACACAUGCCUCAUGUCUGGCUGUGCUCAGGAAAUUGUAUCCAUUUCAGCCUGUGACAAAUGACAUAAAAAUGUUAAUGAGGAAGUAAAUGCAGUGACGAAUAUUUCUCUAGUGUUUUAUCAAUCAAUUAAUUAUUUUAAAAUGUUGAAUUUGAAAAAAAAAAAUUUAAUUUAAAAAAAAAUGUUUUGGUGAGGCGCACUUUUCUAUGUAGCAGUCAUUAGAACAAAAUGCAGUGGUUUACUUGUAUUGAUUAUAUUUAUAGUCAGUAUCUAUCUACGAUUCUUUUAAAGCAGUCUUGAAAAAAAAUAUCAUUCAGAGCUGAUUUCUUUAAAAUUAAACUAUAAUCUCUGAUUGAGCAACUUAUUGAUGUAUUUAGUAAUAUACCUAUUUUAUAUAUUUAUUAAACCUGCCUGUAUUACUGUGUAGCUUUUCAUUCAAACGAUUAAAUCAUCAUGCCCAGAUUUAUUAAAUGAAUUUUACAUGUUAAUCAAUCAAUAUAUGUAUUAUUAAUAUAUCUUUAUCAUUCAGUCAAUGAAUUUAUUUCAUAACUAUUUGUUACAAUUAAGAGAUAAAAAUUUAACUGAAAUAUACUAUAUCCAGUAUGUUUUUUUUUUGUGUGUGUUGCCUGUGUCAAUCUGAUGUUCUGUGACUAACCUCCUACUGUUUUCAUUUACUAAGGUUCGGACUGGGUUGACCCCGAUGACCCCACAGUCAUCGCAGAGAAUGAACUCCUCACCGCGGCCAGCUCCAUUGAGGCUGCGGCCAAGAAGCUGGCCCAGCUGAAGCCACGACAGCAGGCCAAGGUAACUGAUAGACUGAGACUGGGUGGCGUAGAGAGCUUAAGUGAUGCCGGUGUGGUUAAACAGUAUAUGCCUACUUUAGCUGUCAUAUUCUGGUCUGCUUGCUGUGGUUUUAACUUUUUUUCCCUUGUGAUUUUAAAAAAAGCGUUUGUAUUAGUGGUUAAUUUGACUUUUUUUUGUGUGGAUCCUCUUUCCUUGUCACACCUCAUGUCACUCAACAUGUCACCUGCACUAAUCCUCUAUUUUGUGCUUUAAAAAAAUGUUUUUUAAGAUUAAUUUAUUUUAUAGAUAGAUUCUAUCUCUCUCUCUCUCCCCAUCUCUCUCUCAUUCUCUCCUGAUCUCCCUUUCUUAUUAUUAUAAAUAUAUAAAUAAAUACAUUCAAAUUUUUAUUCAGAAUUGAUUCUUUAAUGCGGUUAUUGUUUUUCACGGAAGUUAUGAGCUUCUAUGAAAUUAUGCUCUUUGUCAAGACUUUGUUAAACUUGGCUUAAUACAUUGCCUCAACUUCAUUAACAUCAUUUCUGUCCUGUAAUAUUUGGUGAUGGUGGUGGUGGUGGUCUGUGUGUGUGUGUGGUGUGUAUGUAGUACCCGGCCAGUGUAGUAUCACCUAGCUGUAGAUAGACUGGUCACUGUUAGAUAUGUUUGAUAUAUUUGGUGGUGUGUACCAGAUUCACCAGAUAUCAGACAUGUCACAACGGCGGCCAGGUAGCCAUCAGUGUCGUCAACCCUCCUUGUCCUCACCAGUAACGUAGCACCUCUGUUGUCAUACGCCAUCAGUUGCUUUCUGCCUAUUAGUUACUUGUCUCGGUGGAUUUUAACCGCAGUUGUAUCCAACAAUCCAACAAGAACUAAACCUGUAUUAUUAUAUUGUUUUAUGUAGGUAAAAAGUAAAUAAGCACACUAAUUUAAGACUUUUUAUUUCACUCAACCUUUAAUUGAUUUAUUUCUUUUUCUUUAUCCCUUGGUUUAAAAAAAAAAUCUCUUCAUAACAAUUAGAGUAUGAAUAGCUUUUAAAAUAAAUUUAUUAUGAAUAGCUUUUAAAACAAUUUCAUUAUGAAUAGUCUUUUAACAAUUAGAUUAUGAAUAGCUUUUAUAACAAUUUGAUUAUGAAUAGCUUUUAUUUUAACUGCUAACAGUUUAUCACAUGUUUUGCUUUGACACGCCUUCUGUACAUGAAUAUUUUCAGUGGCAGAUGCAGAUAUAUUUUAAGAUUAACUUUACUUCUAAUGAUUUUUUUUACACUCUUAAAAUUUUUUUUUUCCCUCCUUAAAACCCUAUUGUUUGGUUUCUACUUAUCUAUUUGUUCAAGGAAGAGAGUUGAUAAAUAAAACAGUCACUUGAAAUAAAUUUAAAUUCAUUUUUCUUGUAUCAGUGUCUGUUAUUAAAACAUAAACGAUUUAUAUUAAUAUGAAAUAUAUUUAUAAUAUUUAGCUUGUUCUAUUUUUUUUUAAAUCUUAUAUUAUGAAUUUAUUUUAUAUGAUAAAUUUAUUACAUACUUUUUUUAUUCCCUUCUGUAUGUGUUCCACAAUUCACCAUAUUUGCACUGUAAACACAUAGAUAGUCAAGUAGCUCUGGUGUAUUUAUAAUUUUGGCAUGAGUCACUCGGACUGAUUUCACCAACAAAAAAAAAACACCUCUUCCUUUCCAGAAAGCUGAUGAAGACCUGGACUUUGAGGAACAAAUUUUGGAAGCGGCCAAGUCAAUAGCCGCAGCCACAGCAGCCCUGGUUAAGUCAGCGUCGGCUGCACAGAGGGAGCUGGUUGCUCAGGGGAAGGUCGGCUCCACAUACACAAGGCAUGCAGUGGACGAGGAUGGGCAGUGGUCACAGGGUCUGAUCUCUGCUGUAAGUAACAUCAGUUAAAGACACAAGAACCUAGUGUAAGAGUCUGGUAAACAUUAGAGCUUGGUUUUAAUUUAAGGAUAAAAUCACACAAAUAAAAAGUUUUUGUCUACAUGCCUUUUCAUAAAAAAAUUGCUAAAUUUGUUCUUUCUUUCAUUUUACUUUGAAUUUAGUCGGUAGGAUGUAUAUUAUAUACAAUUUAAAUAAGCUAUCUGCUUCAAUAAUGACGACCAAACUCGCAUCUGUUGUUUCAGGCCAAGAUGGUGGCUGCAGCCACCCACAGCCUGUGUGAGGCAGCCAAUGCCAUGGUUCAAGGUCAUGCCAGUGAAGAAAGGUUGAUUGCAUCGGCUAAAGAGGUGGCAGGAUCCACAGCUCAGCUACUGAUGGCUUGCAAGGUCAAGGCUGACUCAGACUCUAUGGCCAGGAAGAGAUUACAGGUAGGGAACCUAUGCUGAAACUAUAGAUGGGGAACUGAUAGUGUCAAUACAGUUGGUGACUAAAUCCAGACCUGUUUAAACCCCGCCCCCGAGUAGUUUUCAGCUCUCAAAAAAAAUAGUUUCAAGCUCCAAAGAGUAGUUUGGUCAAUUAACGGAGAAAGGGGGGGAGGUGGAGGGGGGGGGUGUUAACAAUCAAAAUAUGAGUUGUGUCAAGAAAUCACUCAGCUGCUAAUAUAAGUUAACAUAAAGAAAUAAACAAGUUAUGGUUCUCCGAUGUGUUGAAGGCUGUCUUUUCUUAUUCGACUGCUUACGGUGGUGUUAACAUAAAAAUUGCUGUAACUUUUUUACUGAAAACACCCCAAUUAUUUAGUUUUAAUUAUUAAGAAACCAAAGAAAAGAAAAAACUCCUGAAAGUGUGUUGUUUUUUUUUAAGGCUGGCCGUAGUCUUCAGCUGUAAAACGUAGUUACUGUGGCGAAAGGGCAAGGGUAAACAGGUCUGCAAAACCCUCUAGAUACAGUUUAGCAAAAAACCCUCUACAUACAGUUUGGGAAAAAACCCUCUACAUACAGUUUGGCAAAAAACCCUCUACAUACAGUUUGGCAAAAAACCCUCUACAUACAGUUUGGCAAAAAACCCUCUACAUACAGUUUUCCAAAAAAACCUCUACAUACAGUUUGGCAAAAAACCCUCUACAUACAGUUGGCAAAAAACCCUCUACAUACACAGGUUGGGCACCAACUUUCUACAUACAGUGUGGGAACCAAUAUUGUUCUUUCACAUGUGGGGCACAAAGAUUGUGAAACUAGAUAGGGAACCAGUUUUAGGAAAUUAUUCUUGAAUGCCUACAUACAGGUCACAGACCUAUUGAGUACAUGUUCUGGUAGGGUACGUUGCAGCAUCCAUGUACUGGCAUAUGUGCAACGGUAAUGUUGCUGACCAGUGUUAUUUUAUAUAUGAUAGUGUUUGUUGUCCAUGUUUUAUUAUUGUAGAUACUGGGUGGAGGCACACAGUAAGUUAAUGCCCAGUUAUUUCUGUCCUGUCCAGGCUGCUGGCAAUGCAGUGAAGAGAGCCACGGAGGCUCUGGUCAAGGCAGCACAACAAGCCAAAGAUCAUAUUGAUGAUGAUUCUGCCGUCACCGUCAACAAGAGGAUGGUUGGAGGCAUAGCACAGGUAAUU